GUUAGAAGUUAUGUAGACAAAAAUGCAAGAGUCUUGUAACAAAGAAAAACAUUGUGUCAUUAUGGAUGUCAUGUGUGUGGUUCAUGGAGUUGAGGUAAGUGACACGUAUCAGCUUAUGUAGUGGUGUUGGUUCCCAGUUUGGGUUGUGGUCUUUCAGUGUGGUCUGUGCGCGUGAGCCGUUUUGUCCUUUCCAGGUGCUAACUAAGGGGUUAGCAAAGUCUGGAAAUGGAGUUUGUUGUUGGUAGUGGAAGCUGGUAUGUGUGGUACCCCUAACCAAUGGGGUAGUGGGGGGAGGGAGGAUGUGACCCCAUUGACUCUCUGGUGUUGUGUCCAGUAUCUGGGAUGUGAUUUGCUCGUAGUCAGGAUAAGGGUGUUAAACUGCUUUAAAUGAUAAGUUGUGAAAACAUAGAUAAAAGUUAUAGUAAGUGUAAAGGUAAAAGGUAGUUCUAGUAACUGCAUUGUGUCCUGGUGCGAGGUUUCCCUCAUGUAUCAGUGUCCUCUCUGGGUGGCUCGAGGCCGGAGCCUUCUAAAGUGGGCUAGGUUGUGGAGCCAUAGGUGAUUGUUUUCAAAAUUUAGCACAAGGUGAGGUUUUAAUGUUCUAGUUGUAAUUCAGUGAUAUGUGGGUGCUUGUCUUAGUACAUUUGCUGCACACUAUAAUUUACUAUAAAUCAUAGAUCUCCUACCUUUGCCUCCCAUGUAUCUUUGUACAGUGUCCAUUCUUUCUGUGUAGGUGGCAGCAGUAGUCUGUAAGCCAUGCCGGGAAAGCUGAAAGUGAAGAUUGUGGCAGGACGCCACCUGCCAGUGAUGGACAGAGCCAGUGACUUGACGGACGCCUUUGUAGAAGUGAGUUUAAAUUUUGACUACAAAACCUCUGGCACUUCUUGUGAGCCGAAAUAAGCACUAGCCAUAGUCUUUAGUCUUAUUGGGACCAUAAAAUUAAGAUUAUCAUUUAUAUAGCAUCCAGGAGGCAUCAAUUCCUCCAACUAUGGUCCAAUCCAAUGCUUCUCAUAAAGGAUUAUUGGGGACUUGAUGUGCAUGCGUUGUGAGUGAGGUUUACUUGGUCAGUGCAUGUUUACACUGCAAGGUUAGUGACAGGACCAUGCACCCAGACUGAUACAUUGAGAUAAAGUGCUCUGGGUGACUUUAGUGGUGUUUUUAAACCAGCUUAGAGAUGUAGCAAAUAUGCAGCCUAUAAAUAUAUUAAAAUUGUCAUUAUAACCACUUUAGCUCAUUGAAGUGUGCGUGGUGUCUGUGAACUAGCCCUACAGUUUUAUGAUUCCCUUCUCAAAUUGUCAAACUAGGGCUCGUAAUUCUGUUGUAAAUCCCUGUUAAUAACAGCUGGGAAUUCCACCCCUGGCACACAAAACACAUAGCGGCCUGCUCACAGAAGCACACUAUUGAAUUGAAGAGCUCACUCCCAUGGAGCCGUGCCUGCAGUCUGCCAUGACAUAAACAGCCUCUUGUAUGAGAUGGAUUGUAAGCUCCCUGACGGACCAGGUUUGUGGGUAAAGCUAUGAGCUGUGCUUUUAAAGCCCUAUUUUGUUAGUUUGAGAAAUGAAAAAAACCCUCUCAUGCCAGGUUCAAGUAGAUAUAUAAAAGCACCCAAGUAAUAAAUAUAUAAUUUAUCAUUAUAAGAAAUGCUAGAUUUCAUGCCGUUGGCAGCUGGGAUACACUUACCUUCCCAUCAUCCUUGUGCCACCAUUCUCCAUGGGUGUUGCUCAACUGUUAUAACCGCCCUCUGAUCCUCCUUGCUGCUUCUCUCUCUGCACAGAGAUUGCCCCUGCAUGGGGGCAUUUCAUAGCUAUAGGCUAGGGCAAUAAAACCCGCAGAUCAAGAAUUUUUUUUUACUUUCUUUGAAUUACCUCUAGAUGCCAACAAAAUGAACUAGUUUUUUUUUUAUAGGCUACUCUUUAUAUAAAGCAAGUUUUUAUGUCAUAUAAAUGUGAGUACACCUCAGACUCAGUGCACUAACUGUCCCUGUGCUGUGAGAUCACCUGAGACGUAACCCAGCGCACUAACUGACCCCGUGCUGUGAGAUCACCUCAGACGUAACGCAGCGCACUUACUAACCCCGUGCUGUGAGAUCACCUCACACGUAACGCAGCGCACUAACCCCGUGCUGUGAGAUCACCUCACACGUAACGCAGCGCACUAACUGACCCCGUGCUGUGAGAUCACCUCAGACGUAACGCAGCGCACUAACUGACCCCGUGCUGUGAGAUCACCUCAGACGUAAUGCAGCGCACUAACUGACCCCGUGCUGUGAGAUCACCUCACACGUAACGCAGCGCACUAACUGACCCCGUGCUGUGAGAUCACCUCAGACGUAACGCAGCGCACUAACUGACCCCGUGCUGUGAGAUCACCUCAGACGUAAUGCAGCGCACUAACUGACCCCGUGUUGUGUUAGUGCAGAGAUUCCUCUUAUUAUCUGACUAGCCAGAGAGUGGUGUUCUAUUUUAUAACAACAUAUAUUUAGGAAGUAAGAGAAUGUUUGUUUGUUUGUUUUUACCACCCCAUUAUUAAGUGUAUAAAGUAUAUUGCUGGGAAUGUCCUGGUGACAAGUAUCUGGACAUAUUGCCAGAGAUUUAUAGAAGUGUCACACUUUUACACUCUUUCGGUACAGUUUAUUAAAUCUUAUUUUUUGUCUAUUGGCUCUUUUGUGUACUAAUCAGAAUUUUUAAAUAUGCGCCACAUUUUCGGCAAUGCAGGAUUUAACAAUUUUUCUGAUACUUGUGUUUUUUUGUUUUUUUUUUUAUAUAGAAAAACCGUUCUGUUUUUUGUUGUCUGCCAAUUUGAAGGGCUACCAAUUUUUUUUUUUUUUUUUAAUGCAAAAACUGGAAUUUACUAUGGAGAAAACCAUACAUUUUUACCUCACUUUUAGAUAAAUAUGAAGAAUCUGUCACUUUGUAGAGCGCUUUGCUAAAUAUCCCCUGUGUGUGUUAUGGAUGCCUGUGGAUUUUGUAUAUAAUCAUAUGCUUGGACCCAUUGUUGGGGCAUUGCACAUGUAUUUCUUUCUUUUAUUGUGCUUUUCAUUUCCAGGUAAAGUUUGGAAACACCACCUUUAAAACCGACGUUUAUCCCAAAUCUCUGAACCCGCAGUGGAACUCUGAAUGGUUUAAAUUUGAGGUACAUUUUACCAAGCAUUACUCCAUCUUGCCCUGGGUUAUUUCAAUUUACAAUCUCUCUUGCUUUUCAGGUGGAUGAUGAAGAUUUACAAGACGAGCCGCUUCAAAUCACUGUCCUGGAUCAUGACACAUACAGUGCUAACGAUGCUAUUGGCAAAGUGUAUAUUGAUAUUGAUCCAUUGCUGUACACAGAGGCUGCCACGGUGAUAUCUGGUUGGUUCCCCAUAUAUGACACAAUCCACGGUAAUAUUUUGUUUUACUCUGCUGCAAGAUCUCCAGCAUUACCACAGCAGAGCCUCACUUACCCAAGAAAUCGUUUGCUAAGGUUCCUCUCUCCACAUGCCCUGCUUUGUAAAUGUGCCAUUUUUCUAUCCAUUUUCAUUACUUUUGCACUCCUUUUUUCCCCAAACACAAAAUGUUUCACCACUAACUAGCCAAAUAUCUUAUUCUGUUAGGCUUUCCUGUUGAUUGAGCUUUGUCCUUAAUACUUUCCUCAAUAGCUGCCAGUGAAUUGUAUUCCUUGAUUGACUUCAUUUGUUCCAUGAUUAGUGACAUAGUGAGCAUUGUACGCAGUAUGCUCAAUCUGUGUAUUUUGCUGUAGUAAGUAACAGAUGGUUUUUGGCCAUGAAUUUGUACACAUUUUAGAUCUGAAGGAUUGACAACUGCUGCAAUGUAAUGAAGCUUCUGAAAAUGGUGUAUUACACGUUUGUUUCUUUACUCAGGGAUCCGGGGGGAGAUCAAUGUGGUUGUGAAAGUAGAUCUCUUCAAUGACCUGAACCGUUUCAGGCAAUCUUCAUGUGGAGUGAAGUUUUUCUGCAGUGAGUAUUAAACAUAAAUCAGUGCCAUGGUUUAGUUAUUUUACUUGUAUGGCAGUUCUGUCUUUUUACUACCAUUCUAAUUUCCAGUGCACUAUUUCACCGUAAAUUAACCUUUAAAUUAAAACCUAACCUUUAAUUAAUAUAGAAUUCAAAAGUAAGUUUUUAAAUUUAAGGCCAAACUUAAAGCUGCCUAUGAUUUGUCUAUUAUUCUGACCGAUGGUGGCAGUACGUAUGGGUUGUGCUUCCUAAUUAAGACAAGCAUCUGCAAGAUGGGUAAUUAAGAAAAGUCCCCCCCCUUUACCCUAUAAAGGGCUUCCCCCGGCAAACCCACCUCAGUUCUUUCUUGUCCCAGCAUGGGACGGAUCAGGCAUCUGUUAAAGAGGUGAGGCACACGGGUUGAUGUAUGGGGAAUGUGGCCCGAUGGCUGUCCGGGUGGCAGACUGAGCGGCCCGGCUCCUUCCAUGCAGGUUACGGAGCUUCAUACAGGAUCUCUAUAUGCCGAGUUUGUACGGGCAUUGGGAAGAAAAGCAUGGCUCGAGGACGCAGGGAGUACAUGGAGGGCCUCGCGCCUGCGCACAGCAGUGGAACGCACGCCCGGGUACUGUUGUGUUCCACCAAAGUAACAGGUGCGCUAUUGCGCCUGCGUGAACCGGAAUCUGAAAAAGACAGUACGGAUCGUUGUGCAGUUCCCUCUGGCAGCAGGAUGCUUUUCAGGAGUGUUCUUGGUGUCACCAGCCCCCCACACUGCUCAGAGGUUUUCAAGGUAAGAUUAGUUAAUCUUUACUUUGAAAAUCUGUUCUGAUAUUUAAUAAAAAAAAUAAAAAAUUGAAUUGUUUCACAGGAAAUGGACUGUAUAUAUGCCUUCGAAUGCCUCUGCUAUUUUACUUGUUGUGUCUGUGCUACUCCUUCAUAUGGUGCAGGGGUAUAUAAAUGUAACCAAGGUGCUGCAAUUUCUUGGGUAACAUUUAAGCAGAGAAUAUGCAAUUGUUCCUAUCUUUGGAUUCUUAUAGAGAAUCAUAUGGUGUAUCCCCUACUGUGCCUGAGAUGGUCCACAGAGACAGAGAAGUUGGCCUUUGAUUACUUCUAAUGUGGCUUUUGGCGAAUGUUUACCUCUUCUUAAGACAUAUCUGGUUCAUCAUAUUGUGUGAAGUUAGUUCCCACCUGAUGUGCUAAGAAGGUUCAUUAGGAAUGAAUCCGUUAUGGGGCAGGAUGAAUCUGCUAAACUUUAAUGAGGGUUAUCCUCAAACCCAAAGUCUUUCUUUCUUAUAUGCAGAAAAUUGGAAAACUCUUUCUUGCCUGGCGUUUAAUAUGUUUACCGUCAAAUGAGUAAAUGUACACCCCCCAGAUACACUGGGAAUCCAGAAAAUUCUUCAUUUCUCUUCCAUAACUCCAUAAGUGAAGUAGCUGCUUGUGACGGAACGCUGGCACUCCGACUGAGUACCUCCGCCAAUCGAUGCGCCUAGUGCUCGCUGAGGACUCCAACCGACACCAUCAGCACUGCAGACCCCACUUCCAGCGAUACAGCUGCGCCGGGGUCUCGCCGUCUCCACCCACCCUGGAUCCACGACCACCACGCAGAAAUACCCAAAUAAACCUUAUUGCAGGGUAAAAUACAGCUAUCAGCACAGGCGCCAUAUUCAGAAGGCAGGAGGCUAACCAGUAGUCCCCUCCAGGCACAAGUGGCGAAGGGCACUUCGUCACACUGCUUUAAAAACCCUGUCGUCGGGGGCGGAGUUUGGCAACGGAGCAUGGCACACAAGCUCCUGCAAUUUUAUACCCACAAUUACCAAAUUGGACCAACCAAACUAUUAUUUUGGGCGAUACAGGGCGCGGACAGCAACAGGCAGACAAGAUGGGCCAAAAAAAUUAAAAAGCUAAGACCGGAAAAACCGAAGCAAGGGCCAAACAUAGCUGACCUACUGCGACAAACUCGCGAGGUUGCAGGGCCCAAAAUGGCUGACUAUCCUGGUUUACUACUCAGCUAUCGGACAACAUUUUCUCAGAAGGUGAUGAGGCCGUCAUGCAUCCGGCGCAAAGACUGACACAGGCUUCCCAAAAAAUGGAUGACUCGUCUGUAACGACCGCAGUCCUAAGAUCACUCCUGGCGGACCUCCAAAGGACCCUCCAAACAGACGUCGCAUCGCUUUGGUCAGACAUCCAUGGCCUGACGGGCCCUAGAGUCUGUAUCCAGCGCCUGCACAAACCAACUUGCCACACUCCAACAAGAGGUCUGAGAGCUCCAGCGACAAAACGGAGCACACGAACGCCGCUUUGCGCACGCAGGGCCAAUAACAUAAAGAUCCUGGGUAUCCCGGAGAACAUCGCAACAGCGGAGAUGCCACACAUCCUUAGACGCCUCUUGGUAGCACUGCUGUCCCAAAGACAGGCCAAAAAUGCCCACCUGGAUGGCUACUUCAGAGCCACUAAACCUGGCUUAAAGGACCACUAUAGUGCCAGGAAAACAUACUCGUUUUCCUGGCACUAUACUGCCCUGAGGGUGCCCCCACCCUCAGGGACCCCCUCCCGCCCGGCUCUGGAAAGGGGAAAAGGGGUAAAACUUACCUUUUUCCAGCGCUGGGCGGGGAGCUCUCCUCCUCCGAUCCUCCUCCGUUCCUCCCCGUCGACUGAAUGCGCACGCGCGGCAAGAGCUGCGCGCACAUUCAGCCGGUCGCAUAGGAAAGCUUUAUCAAUGCUUUCCUAUGGACGCUUGCGUGCUCUCACUGUGAUUUUCACAGUGAGAAUCACGCAAGCGCCUCUAGCGGCUGUCAAUGAGACAGCCACUAGAGGCUUUGGGGGAAUGUUUAACCUAUUUAUAAACAUAGCAGUUUCCCUGAAACUGCUAUGUUUAUAAAAGAAUGGGUUAACCCUAGCUGGACCAGGCACCCAGACCACUUCAUUAAGGCGAAGUGGUCUGGGUGCCUAGAGUGGUCCUUUAAGCACAAAGCUCGGCACCCUGGGAUCUAAUCCUAAAGUUCCAACACCACGCGGACAAAGCAGCAGUAUUAGCGGCGAUCAUGGACUAUUCCCCUUAUAAAUUUGAAUCGAUGGAACUGACUUUCUAUGCUGAUCUUACUGGGGGAACGCUGGCCUGUUUGUCGCAGUAGGUCAGCUAUGUCAAGCCCUUCACUACACUCCUGCAACAGAAAGGACUGCGAUUAUAAAUGGCUCCAGACCCGAGUGCUGCAAAUAAUACAAGGGGACAACAAACACAAAAUCCGUGAUCUACAGGAAGCGGCAUCCCUGCUACUCACCCUGGGACUUCCACGGGAUUCCUUGCACCCCGACGAGACCGGAGGGACAAGCGGGCAAACCCACCGCUGGAACCCAGAAGGGGUAGCCCCCUUCGUCCCACGUAAAUCUAAGGAUGCUCCGACUCUAGCAGGGACCACCUGAGACAUACCAAACAAUGUGAAGUUACGUUCUGGACUACCCCGGUCUUUUUCUUUUACUUAAUCUCGUUAGUUGCUGAUGUUAAAGUUUCCUGUAAUGAUGUUAGCACACAUUGCAGGUAAUCCACUUCAUACAUACCCACGAACGAGCGGUAAACAGACCGCAGUUGCUUCUCCCCCCCCGCCCCCGCCUGGAGUUACCCUAGAUCGGCACCCACACAUAUAGAUACCAUAUCCAGGCGUUGAUAAAUAAAGCACCUUGGCUGAUUCUCUUUACACACCGUAGUCGGAUGACCGACUAGUAACCUCACCACACAGAGCGAGCACAAGACACACCGAGCUACUACAGAGCUCAAAACCAGCCACACUACAUCCCACGAACCCCACGCAAACUAAUAACACUAGCGUAUCUUCAGUUAGACAGCCCGAAAUGUUAUGCAUGGCUCCUCACGACUGUUAGUAGUUCAUACUUAUGUUAUGUCUAUACCACCAUAACCAAAAAUGUGCAAGCACUCGAAACCACAUAUGCGUCAAUUGCUGUGACUGUAUUAGAUCUGUUUCUGCUGUUGUGGCUAUAAAGAUAUGAUUAACUCAUGCACAACAAAAAAAAAAAAAAUACAAAAAAGAAACCCUCUCGUCAAGAAGGCCAAAGCAUCUUGCAGACGAUCUUUGCAGACUGCUGGGUUUCGGUAUGGGUCUUUGCUGGCAGGUGCAGCGAUGUCCAGAACUUAUAACUUUGAUUGCAAUCAUUAGUGAAGGUUAUUGAAGUCUCCAGAUAAGCAGCUGGUCAGUUUACUGCUACAUUUGUGAUUGUCACAUUCUUUAUAUGGAAAUGACUACUAAAAUGUGAAAAUGACGGCCAAGAUCAUGGGUUGAUAUGCUGUUGCCCUUCUAUCCUUGUGACGUAGGCUUGGACGGCAGAUCAGCAUCCCUUUCGGUCCUCUGUUUACUCCCAUUAGGAAAAUGGGUAUCUUGUUACCAAUGUCGAAAACAAGAAAAGCUGUUGGGUUUUUUUUUUGUUUGUUUUUUUUAGGGGUGGGAAACCUGGUUGCAGAACUUGGUCCGACAUGGGUAGAUGUUUCUGACGCCAAGAAGGUUGGAGGCAGAAUCCUACAUAGAAACUACUGGCGAUCACUGGUUUCUUAAUCUAGUAAAAGGAGGGUGUGACGGAACGCUGGCACUCCGACUGAGUACCUCCGCCAAUCGAUGCUCCUAGUGCUCGCUGAGGACUCCAAGCACUCCAACCGACACCAUCAGCACUGCAGACCCCACUUCCAGCGAUGCAACUGCGCCGGGGUCUCUGCUGUCUCCUCCCACCCUGGACCCAAGGCCAGGAUCCAGCUUCCAGUGGGUGAACCUCUCUUUCCCCAGAGAGCAGGAACAGGAACAAAUCAAGCUAUUGCAAGAGCUUCCUCUGGGGAGUAAGUGAUUUAUAGCAAUCCCCAGAGUGUAGGUAUCCCUUCCCCCAAACAUGAGCCAAGGCUUAAUGCUGGAACAAGACUGAUUUACUGGCACACAGAACUCACAAUUUAUGCAACACAAAACUCCUCCUCUGGGCCAUGCUAGAUAAUUGAGUUUCUACAAUACACAAAACUCAAUUAUCUGCUGGUCAGAAAUAAUACAGUUUCAUAAAACACACAGGGACCCCAAAACAUGCAAUAACCCCAUAAAAUUAUAUUCUUGGAACCGGGGGAUCUGGGUGAACCACAUAUCCAAAAUUCACCCAGAUCCGUUCAGUACUUUGGAAAAUACAGUUUAAUGCAGAUUCUGCAGAACAUAUACAGGCUAAAUGAAAAACAAUCACUGUAUAAUGUGUCCCAUGCUGUAUAGUCCAAAACCACCGCACGAUGUCUCUGUGCAACAAAUACUGGCGAGAUGGCACCGUGUUGAAAAGUCCACACAGUGUCUGUGAGUUAAAAUGGCCGCCAUCCAUUGUUCUCACCAUGUGCUUCUGAUACAGGAAAUGGUGGCCACCCAGUAACUCCACAGUAUGUCCCAGAUGGUUCUUAAAGGGCCAGCAGCAGCACAACACAAAUCCAUUAUGCCCAAAUCAUGUCUUUAAAGGGCAAUACAUCCCAGGGGCCAUAGUCACAGGGCAAGAGGGGGGCAAGCAGUCCUCUCCAGGCACAAGUGGCGAAGGGCACUUCGUCACACAUCUUCCCUUUGGGGGAAGACUAAACAGGUACCUGACCUUCUGCCGGUCAGUACCUAGAUUAGUCGGGCAGCCCACCCACAAAGAAAAAUACGCAGAGUAACCCCCCCACAAUAAAUGGUACUGGCCUGUAGGUUCAAGUUUGUAGUGGGACAGCGCAGCACUCUCGGUCUCCCUGGUGCAGCUAGGCAAACUGCUGGUGCAGCUAGGCAAACUGCUGGUGUUGCUUGGGGGGCAGAGGCCAGUGGCGCUCUGCCCUGCUGCCAGCUCUUCCACUGGGGUAACCCGUGGUAAGUCAGGCUCUGAUACAGGGGAAAAGGGGGGGCAGAGGCUAACAGAGCUCUGCCCAGAUGCCAGCUCUUCUGCUGGGAGGGGGUCAGUGGGUAUCGCAGGCUCGUCCACUGCCCCCAGGACCCGGUUGGGAUGUAGCUGGGGAGGGGAAGUUUCACUUACCUCCUCCUCCUGGCAUCCCUGCGGAGUUGGUUGGGGAUCUGGACCAUCCGUCCAGCCUCCCUGUAGGACUGGCACAGAGACCGCGGUCCCAUCUGCGCCAGUGUGGUUAGGUUUGUCUUCCCCCUCUCCCGGUAUCUCUGGCUGCUGUUGGAGGGGGAGGCUGGUUGCCCCCACUCCCCAGGACGCUGGUUGCUGUAAGGUGGAGGGAUUGACCAUCACCUCCUCCUGGAACUCAGGCCGGCGCUGGGGAGAGAGACCAGUUGUCUCCUCUCCCUGUAUAUUAUACUGCCGCUGGGGACCUAGGCUGACUGCCCAGCAUCCCUGUAGGGCCGGCAGAGAGACUUCGGUCCCAUCUCCGCUUGCCAUCUCUGUGUGUCCCCAGGACAAGUCUAUGAGGUCGCCCACCUCCAGCUGCUGUUGGAGAGGGUGGCCGGUUGCCUCCCCUCCCCAGGACGCUGGUUGCUGUACGGGGGAGGGAUCUACCAUCACCUCCUCCUGGAACUCAGGCCGCCGCUGGGGAGAGAGACCGGUUGUCUCUUCCCUCUGUGCGGUGCACUGCCGCUGGGAAGGGAGGUCGCUGCUCUCCUCUCCCUGUAACUCACUCUGUCGCUGGAGACGGGGUGUCAAUACCCCCAAACUCCACAGUUGGUACUUGAAGUUCCGUGCGUCUUGGUUCUCAGCACUCAACAUGCGCAUCACUUGAUGGACCACCUCAUCUGAAGGGUUUGGGCCAAACCAGACCAGCCGCGCCUUUACUUCCUUCAUGAAAUCAGCACCCUCAUAGCACUGUGACAGGCGGAGUUGCAAUUCACUGGCUGCUGUCCAGGGUCUUGCUAGCUCCAUGUUGCUGUAGGUAGGGACGCUGCGCAGAGGCUAGCGUUGCCCUCAAUUAUAAAUCCGUAACUCCACACGUUACCGGUGUCUCCGAGCUGCUGGUCCUCGCACUAGGACGCCAUCCCGCCGCUGCCACCAAAUGUGACGGAACGCCGGCACUCCGACUGAGUACCUCCGCCAAUCGAUGCUCCUAGUGCUCGCUGAGGACUCCAAGCACUCCAACCGACACCAUCAGCACUGCAGACCCCACUUCCAGCGAUGCAGCUGCGCCGGGGUCUCGCUGUCUCCACCCACCCUGGACUCAAGGCCAGGAUCCAGCUUUCAGUGGGUGAACCUCUCUUUCCCCGGAGAGCAGGAACAAGCUCUUAGAAGAACUUAGUGAUCAUACCCUGGGGAGUAUAGUGAUUAUAGCAAUCCCCAGAGUGUAUUUCUCCAAUCCCCCAAACAUGAACCAAGGCUUAAUGCUGGAACAAGACUGAUUUACUGGCACACAGAACUCACAAUUUAUGCAACACAAAACUCCUCCUCUGGGCCAGGCUAGAUAAUUGAGUUUCUACAAUACACAAAGCUCAAUUAUCUGCUGGCCAGAAAUAAUACAGUUUCAUAAAACACACAGGGACCCCAAAACAUGCAAUAACCCCAUAAAAAGUAUAUCCUUGGAACCGGGGGAUCUGGGUGAACCACAUAUCCAAAAUUCACCCAGAUCCGUUCAGUACUUUGGGAAAUACAGUUUAAUGCAGAUUCUGCAGAACAUAUACAGGCUAAAUAAAAAACAAUCACUGUAUAAUGUGUCCCCUGCUGUAUAGUCCAAAACCACUGCACGAUGUCUCUGUGCACCAAAUACUGGCGAGAUGGCACCGUGUUGAAAAGUCCAAACAGUGUCUGUGAGUUAAAAUGGCAGCCAUCCAUUGUUCUCACCAUGUGCUUCUGAUACAGGAAAUGGUGGCCACCCAGUAACUCCACAGUAUGUCCCCAGAUGGUUCUUAAAGGCCAGCAGCAGCACAACACAAAUCCAUUAUGCCCAAAUCAUGUCUUUAAAGGGCAAUACAUCCCAGGGGCCAUAGUCACAGGGCAAGAGGCGGGCAAGCAGUCCUCUCCAGGCACAAGUGGCGAAGGGCACUUCGUCACAGAGGGCACCGCUUGCUCUUUACGAGUCUGCUCAAUCCAUAAUUCCUUGUUUCAUUUAUAAUCUUCUGAACAUCUGGUGGUACUCCAUUUACAGAAACAGUGUUCCUGUUGGAUAAAAGGAGUUUGGGAUUUGGUUCUAGUGAACCACGAUUUUCAUGGGGUUCCUCAGGAAUCUCCUGGAUAUCAAAGCCGAAUAAUUCCUUUAGACCUGGAUGAAUUUAGAUUUGGUUCCUCUGAGGUUCAGAAUAGAGACUGAUGCUUCUGUAACUCUGAUUCUGGAAAAAGGAAAUUUCCUGGUGAAAAUAGAUACAGAGAUGUAUACCCACUUAUCCCUAUUGCAGUCCCUCGAAGUUUUUGAAAGUUCGCCAUAAUUGGAUUUAAGAAACUUCAUUACAGUUCAAAAUACUCCCCUUUGGGCGGUCUUCAGCCCAUGUAUAGUUAAUAGGUUCUUGCUCCCAUAACAGCAUAUUUGAGGGUACGGGGCAUUCCCUACUUGAAAGUUAGCCGCUUAUUGCCAAUCAAGUCGGUUGCUCUUGAGUUAUGUUCUGAUAGCUAGCAGAGUGCUACAGUAACAUGUUUGGAUACGGAGACCAUCACGUUUUCUGGGGUUCGGGUUAACCCUAAAACAUUUCCUCUGCAUCUACUGCAUUCAAAAAGGAAAGGUCCAAUUACUAAUAAAGCAAAAAUUGCUCCAUAAGAACAGGAAAUUAGAUUGCUGGGAUGUCUGACAGACAUCUACAAUUCCUGCGAUCCACUGGGCAAAAAUCUAGAUAUGGCCACUACAGGGCCUCUGGGUCAAAAGGGUCAAAUCUUCGAUUUAUGUCUCCUAGACUCUCUUCAGAAAAAAAGCGGAAGAUCGGUUAAACUGGUGGACAACGUCAAGGUUUUUCCGACAGGUCUGUCCUUUUAGCCUAUAGAAGGGGUAGUUUUCACCACAGAAUGCAUCUAACAGGCUGGGGCGCUCAUCUAAAUUCUCUAAUGUGCCAGCGUUCUUGUUCCUAAGAAAAACAGUCCACUAAUUUCAGAGAUCUUAAGGAAGUUCUUCACUCCCCUCGCCGAUUCAGAUCUUGGUUAAUUGUAUAACCUAUUAGAAUGCGGUCAGACCACAACACUGUUUCUCUCACGUCAGCAGACAGGGUGGUGCAGACGGCAGUCUGUUUCAGCUAUGUACCAAAACGGUGUACUGGGCUCAGGAUCUUUCGGAGGUCCUCUUUCCAUUCCACUCAUGUGUCGACAAUGUCAUCACCUACAACCACAGCAAAAUAAAUUGGGAUCAAGAGUAUUGGUCUAUAGAUCUGAUGAUGUUCACCAUUCCAAAGGGAGAUUUGGAGUGUUCGGAUAGACCUUAUGGCAAGGAUGGAGAACAUGAAGAUUCACAGGUUUGCCUCCCUAUACAGGACAGUCACGUUGAAUAGUUGGUCUAUCGAUCAAGGGAGAUUUCUCCAGGCUUACUUUUUUUUUUUUUUCCUCCUAUUGACUGUUCCCAAGACUUCUUCAAAGGAGAUGAACGGACAGAGCAGUGGUUCUGCCAAUUUUUCCGUACUGGCCAAACACGACCUAGUUUUGACCUUGGAGAGGGCUACCAAGUUUUGGGAUCUCCCGAUCUAAGACAGGAUGUCCUGCUGGAAGUGUUUGAAUAGGUUCCUAUUGACGGUAGGGCAACUGCAUGGUGGAUCCUUAAUCUUCUGAGUCUUCAUAAGUCAGAGUCCACUUGUGGUGUAUGAUCUUCUUGUCGUUCCGCCUCCAACUUUUUUACGUAAGUAUUCGGGUAGAGUGUCUAAAUUGUUGUAAGGAACGUCAUUGUCUUCUAGUUCAUUUGUCCGGUUGGUUCAAUUUUACACUUCCUGUAGGAGAUUUCCACAGACCAAAUUGUUUUCUCUAAGUCCUUUCUGAGAAGGGAUUGGUCUUUGUAUUUACUGGUUAGAAGUUUCUUUAAAGCAAAAGGCUUCUUAGACCACCCAGGACGUUCUGUUUCCAUACUGGGAUCUUUCUUCAGUCUUUCAGGUCCCCUUGAACUUUGGAAGUGGUUCUUUUAAGAUGCUAAAGCUUAACCAGCAUUCUUAGUGGCCAUUACCUUUGCCAAGAGAGUAAGCGAGUUACAGGAUAUAUCUUCUUCAGUAGAAUUUCUUAUAUUCCAUCAGGGGGAAAGUUGUGUUUCUGUCAGGAUUACAGUUGAUCCAGCACGCAGAAUUGUAUCACACCUAGGACUAAGGAUAACGUCUAACUGGACUUUUAGAAUGGCCAGACUUAACGUACCAGAGAAGAGUCAAUAUACUAGAUGUGGCGGAACCAACCUCACCACAGGCCAAUGGAGGAGCCUGGUCGCCCGCCUCCUGCCGCUGGAUUAUGGCCUCAUGUUUAACACUGUUCUUUUUCCCUGCAGAAAGGCUGGUUCGUGCCUUUCUGCGGACUGUUAAAGUCACGAACACCGCUGAACCGCCAACCUCCCUUCUCCUACCUGCUGUCAAUUAUCAGAACAACGGUCCAUUCGGUACUUUACUGUUUAAACCAUGCUACCCCAGAUAGCUAUGCCAUGGAGCACAGUCGUAUACUGAAAGACUGUAUGAAAGACUUUGGCUACAUGGCGAUUGAACUGUAUGUAUAUGAUCUGAGCGCCAUCUGGUAAUAAUGAUCUAAGCUAUCUGGGGAUAGGUAGUGUAUGUUCUAUGUGAUAAAUGUAACAGUAUGUAAUUUUAUGUCUUUUAUUGUCCUAUGUCUGCCAUGUGGUUAAUGGAGUUUUGCCUCUGUCCUUGGAGAUAAUUGUAUUACUUCUCAAUUACCUCCAGGACAGAGAGGAGGGAUUGUGAUGCAUUGUGGGAUUGUAAGCUUGUGAUUGGUCAAUAAAUAGAGCUUUUACAUUUAUGGGAAACUGUCACUUUCCAUCUGGUCCCCUAGGGGAGUGUCCACCAGGUGGGAGACCUGCAUAAAAGCCGGGCAGGUAGCCCCAGUAAAUCAGGUUCUGCUUGACCCUCAAGCGAAGUGUUGUCUCGUUCUUGGGGGAAUUGUAUUGUAUGCUGUUAUAGUGCGACUGCCAGGAGUGUAAACUGUUCGUCUGUUUACAGCAUUCGUGUGUUUCCUGUUCGGGAGUUUGGAGUAUUCCCCUGGUUCCAGUUUGGGAGAUUGGCGAAUUCAUGUGUUUGCAUUUCGGGAGAUUGGUGAUUGCAGUAGCUGUCUGUGCAUCUGAAAAGGGGAAUAUCGCCUAAACAUUUUUAACCUCUUGUGUGCAAAACGGUCCGUUACACUAGACUAGGUCAGAGACACAGAACGAAACACCGCGAUAAAGAAAAGCCAAUGGUCAAGGAUAGCAGAAGUCAGGGAAGUCAAAACUACGCCAAAGUCAAAAACCAGAAACACACGAUCAGGAACACACUCUCGGAUAACCAUCGAAGGGAAACCACGACAGGGCACUGACAAAAAGGUAAUUUGGGUUUAAAUAACCCUCCUUAGCCUGUAACUGGCUGCCUCUGACCCCAAAAGGUGCGUGCUCGUCUAUGACGUGACGCCGCACGCGCGUUGGCGCCAACUUUCAUGUGGCGAAGGAAGUUUCUUAUAAAAGUCCGGUCUGCAGCGGCCAGUGUUCAUAAGAACGUUGCACCCACUGGGGACCGGAAUGUAGUGAGACCGGGUAGCUGCCUACCGAGCCCCAGGUAAGUUGAAAACCUCUGACGACGUGGCUGUUAUGUUUGAGUGCAGCUGUGCCGGCAGAGAUGUCGUAAGCCGUGACUGUUUUUUUUUCAUCCUAAGCAUUCAAUUCUUCCAAAGUUAUCUCUUAGAGCCGUUAAUCAGCUCAUCUUUCUAACAUCCUUCUAUAACAAUGCCACCUCCCCACUGGAACAAGAUGGCAUAUUCUAGAGUUAAAAAAAAAAAAAGGGGCUUUUCAGGUCUACCUAUCAAUAUCAGAUCACCCGUUGUCAACUUCUAGAAAAGUUUUAAAGGGAAUGAAGUCUCUCGGAAUUAUUAUUAUUUAGCCUAUCAUAAUGGCUUAUGCUUCAGUAGUUUUGAUACGCCAGCUUCCCUCACAGCACAUUUCACAAAAGCAAUGGCCACUUCAUGGGCAGAGAAAAGCUCUUGCUUCACCUGAAGAAAUCGUCAUGGCUGCUUCUUGGUCAGGCAUCUCAGGCUAAAUAUGCUCUUUGCCUCUAAAAUUGCAUAAGGGCUGUUUUUAGGCAUAAGUCUCACCCAAUUGGGGAUCUUGCUAUAUCCCAUACGUACUGCCACCAUAUGUAAGAAAAAUUUUUUUUUUCAUAAUAUGGUGGCAGUACAAAUCUCCCUCCCUCUAAACUACAAUUGCAGUGUGUGGCUUAGGUGUGUAUUCUUGCCACGACUGAGGUGGGUUUGCUGGGGGGGAGCCCUUUAUAGGGUGAAGGGGAGGGACUUUUCUUAAUUACCCAUCUUGCAGCUGCUUGUCCCAAUUAGGAAGCACAACCCAUACGUACUGCCACCAUAUUAAGAAAAAAAGAAUUUAUGGUGAGUGAAAAUUUUGUUUAUGAUCUUAAAUUUGAAAUUUCACUUUGAAUUCUCACUUUAGUAAAUAUUCUGUCAGAGUGAUUAACCUGUUUAUGUGGUGUUAUAUUGUGGCAAUUCUUUCAAUUUACAUAAAAUGAAAGUCUGAUUGGAGCGUUGAGAAUAUUUGUAGAAUCUGUGUAUAUUCCUGUUCUGUCAGAAAUUACAGUGCUGGUUCCAAGUUAGACCUGGGAAUUGUUCUGUGAAUAGUUGUCCAUCAAACUUGUAAUUUUUUGUUUUACUUGUUUGGCAACGUAUCAGUUCCUGUGGAAAUCUCCUAAUAUGUGUAUUUAUUCUGUUUGUCCCCAGCUACGUCUAUCCCAAAGUCGUAUCGUGCUGUGGUCAUCCAUGGCUUUGUGGAAGAGCUAGUAGUGAACGAGGAUCCAGAGUACCAGUGGAUCGACCGAAUUCGGACGCCAAGAGCCUCGAAUGAAGCUCGGCAGCGUCUAAUCUCAUUAAUGUCUGGUGAGAAACGUAUUGAUAUUAUGCUUUUUCCAAGAAUGUACUGUUCCAGGCAGAAUAUAGAUAAAAUAUUAUUGCACCUUGCAUCCUUAGUGGCUGUUGUUGUUUAUUCACUUAGUCAGGUGGAAUUGCAAUUGUUUGUAUAUAAAUAGAGCUUUUACAUUUAUGGGAAACUGUCACUUUCUAUUACCAAGCAUUUCAGAUGACUCACAACACAUAAUCCAGACUUUGACUCAUCUUUAUAGAUCAAAACCUUCUUGUUGGAAUUUCAAAGGUCAAUAAAUACGUCUAACAUAGAACCUUUUGGCAAUAUUCUUGCAGUGAUACGGAAAUUUUGUAUGUGAGCUGACGUGGAAGCUCGUCAUCAUAUUAAUUCUUUAGUAACCAAACACAAAUAUUCUACCUAGCAACAGUGAUGUUAAAGGAACACUAUAGUGUUAAUACAAAGCUGUAUUCCUAACACUGUAGGGUCCCUCUCCCCUGGCAGCAAAUAAAGAGUUAAUAACUCUUUUAAACACUUAUCUGAGAUAGUACUGGGUCGGGCUACUCCGAUCCGAUGUCUGCCGAUGAGGUAAAUCUAAUGCACGAUUAGCACUGCACAUGCAUUGAGAAAUCCACAUUAAAAAGCAUUGACUCAAUGCUUUCCUAUGGGGUUUUUCAACACACUGGAUGUCCUCAUGCAAAGCAUAAGAAUGUCCAGCGUUUUAAAACUCCAAGAAACUGCAGAAAAUGCCUCUAGUGGCUGUCUGCUAGAGGCAGUCUUAAUACUGCAAUGUAAAUAUUGCAAUUUCUUUAAUACUGUGCAGGAUUAAAGGGACACUGCACCCAGGCCACUUCAAUGAGAUGAAUUGGUCUGGAUGUCUAUUGUGUCCCUUUAAGUGGUGCAAAGCAUUGCUUUAUUUCAUUCGUUAUUUAAGCUUGAAUAGCAAAUUAUAUUGACAGUGGAUAACCAUACAAAUGUCAGUAAGCUGCAUCAGGCAUAAAUAAGCUGCAGCAAAGUACAUCAAAAUAUAAUGAAAAUAAGACCUUACAAAGUUCAGCAUUCGUUAAAGAUCCGUAUUAUAAUAUCCGUUACGCCUGGACAUGUCUUAGGAUGGUACUAAUCAUUGGUUUAGAGAAACCUUAAUGUAUCAACACUUAAAAGGACACUAUAGUUUCCAGAACCAAUACAGGUUAAUGUGAUGGUUCUGGUGACUAUAGUGUGUCCCUGCAGUCUUCAGACAGAAAGCAUUUUUACAUUGCUGCCUAGCAACACCUCUAGUGACAGUCACUCAGAUGGCCACUAGAGGUUUUUCUUGGGUCAGUGCUCCCCACAGAGAUGCAUGAUUCAAUGCAUAUCUAUGAGGAGGUGCUGAUUGGCACAGCAUAGCAUUUCGCUGCGCGUGCACAAUAGCCUUCGAAUGCUUUCCUCUGGGAAAGCAUUGGAUUGGCUUAAAUCAUAAAGAGUGAUGAUCUCAGCCAUGAAAGCAUGGCCAUCUCCUGUGAGACCAGUACAGCCAUGGAGAAAAGGUGAGUUAAACAACAUUUCGAACUCCACAGAGCGGGUCCCUGGACCUAAACCGCUAGUUUAACGCUUGUCAGGAUCUUACCCGAUGUGGAAUCCGAUGUGCAGAGUUAUAUCCAUUGUACAGUGCUAUGGAAUCUGAUUGCGCUGUAUGAAAUAAUAAUAAUAAUAUGCUCACCCUUGCAAAUAAACACAGACCAAGGUGACCAGGUAAGAAGCCUCCUGGGCUGUGAGUCUGUGCAUGGGGGCUGUGCAGGAAUAUAGCUCCAAGUUGCAGUACAGGCAGAAGAGUAGUCAUGGAAAGCCAAAGUCAGGAGAAGCCAGAAUAAACGAUGGGAUAAGCCAAGGUCAGGAGCCGUCUGGAGAACACUGGAUCAAGAUACACAAAUACUGGAACCAGAGUCAAUGAACUGACACUGCCCUUAGAGAGAGGCAGUGUUUUAUACCUGGCUAAUUAGCGAUAUGCUUCAGGUGGACCGAUAGACAGGAGCAGCCACAGGAAGUGUCCAGUCCCCAGUGCUGGAGACAAGGCAAGGAAAAACAUCAGGCUGAAACAAGAACUGAAGUGUGGCUCUGAGGCAAAACAGCAGGAUCCAGGUUCAUAUCCCUUGUUGGGCACUUCUGGGGCCAUCACAUCUGGAUGUCACGGUGCUAUAGUGUUAAUAAUACAUGUUUCUAUUACUAACACUAUAGUGUUCCUUUAAAUACAAUCUUAACACUGUAACCUAAAUAAAAACAGGAAAACUCAACUACACAAAUAUAUACGGCAAAUCUCACUGUGUGAUCUGAAAAUACAGCAGUUUAUGCAUCCAUUGCAAAUGUGAGACUCUGCCCAGUAUUCAUCAAGAAUGCUCAGAGUGAGAGUGUGCCCCAUCUCUCUUUAAUAUUCUUCUCAUUGAACCAAUAGAAACACCAACAAAGGUAUUCUUCACUAAACUGUGAAUUGUCAGGCUUCCUAAACGCAUAUCUUAACUUAUGCCAAACAGUUGAAUAGGAAAUAGUCAGUCAGCUAUGGGUGCAUCUUGGCUAUUUGUAUUGAAUGUGAAAUUCACCUUGAGUUCUGGAGAACUCACAUGUAAGUAAUAUCCCUAUCUGAAGUUUGUUUAAAGAGAAUAUAUAAAGAGCUCAGCUCAUAAAGAGUUAAACCUUUUUAACACUUCCCAAAUUUCGGUUCUCCACCCAUUCCAAUGUCAUGUGGGAUGAUGGGCUCUCAGAGCGUGAGGAUGCCCAGCAUCAUUAGGCAACCAAAAGUCUGUUCUGACUCAGGAAGUGCCUCUAGUGGCUGUUUGACAGCCAUUAGUGGCAGUCUUAAUCCUGCAAGGUAAUUAUUAUUCUCACAGUAGGCGUAUUUUGUGUACAUAGGCGCUUAGGACAGUAUAUAAAUACAAGCUCGUGCUGCUGCCACCAAUGUGCAAGUUUCUCACUCCUUAACACAAACAAAAAUAGAAAAACAUGUCUUCCACUGUGUGAAUAUACUUUCUCAAUUAUUAUUACUCUCAAACUGCAAUGAUUAAGUGGGGCAGGGACACUACACCCAGACCACUUUAAUGAGUUGAAGUGGUCUAGGUGACUAUAGAGUCCUUUUAAACUCUGGCCAUUCAGUCUAUGAUUCCUCUAGCUGUUUGUGUAAAGCAUACUGGCCUCAUUUAGUAGGGUAACUUGGUACGAUUCCUCUAGGUGUUUGUGUAAAGCAUACUGGCCUCAUUUAGUAGGGUAACUUGGUACGAUUCCUCUAGGUGUUUGUGUAAAGCAUACUGGCCUCAUUUAGUAGGGUAACUUGGUAUGAUUCCUCUAGCUGUUUGUGUAAAGCAUACUGGCCUCAUUUAGUAGGGUAACUUGGUACGAUUCCUCUAGGUGUUUGUGUAAAGCAUACUGGCCUCAUUUGGUAGGGUAACUUGGUACGAUUCCUCUAGCUGUUUGUGUAAAGCAUACUGGCCUCAUUUAGUAGGGUAACUUGGUACGAUUCCUCUAGCUGUUUGUGUAAAGCAUACUGGCCUCAUUUAGUAGGGUAACUUGGUACGAUUCCUCUAGCUGUUUGUGUAAAGCAUACUGGCCUCAUUUAGUAGGGUAACUUGGUACGAUUCCUCUAGCUGUUUGUGUAAAGCAUACUGGCCUCAUUUAGUAGGGUAACUUGGUACGAUUCCUCUAGCUGUUUGUGUAAAGCAUACUGGCCUCAUUUGGUAGGGUAACUUGGUACGAUUCCUCUAGGAGUUUGUGUAAAGCAUACUGGCCUCAUUUAGUAGGGUAACUUGGUACGAUUCCUCUAGGUGUUUGUGUAAAGCAUACUGGCCUCAUUUAGUAGGGUAACUUGGUACGAUUCCUCUAGCUGUUUGUGUAAAGCAUACUGGCCUCAUUUGGUAGGGUAACUUGGUACGAUUCCUCUAGGUGUUUGUGUAAAGCAUACUGGCCUCAUUUAGUAGGGUAACUUGGUACGAUUCCUCUAGGUGUUUGUGUAAAGCAUACUGGCCUCAUUUAGUAGGGUAACUUGGUACGAUUCCUCUAGGUGUUUGUGUAAAGCAUACUGGCCUCAUUUGGUAGGGUAACUUGGUACGAUUCCUCUAGCUGUUUGUGUAAAGCAUACUGGCCUCAUUUGGUAGGGUAACUUGGUACGAUUCCUCUAGCUGUUUGUGUAAAGCAUACUGGCCUCAUUUAGUAGGGUAACUUGGUAUGAUUCCUCUAGCUGUUUGUGUAAAGCAUACUGGCCUCAUUUAGUAGGGUAACUUGGUACGAUUCCUCUAGCUGUUUGUGUAAAGCAUACUGGCCUCAUUUAGUAGGGUAACUUGGUACGAUUCCUCUAGGAGUUUGUGUAAAGCAUACUGGCCUCAUUUAGUAGGGUAACUUGGUACGAUUCCUCUAGGUGUUUGUGUAAAGCAUACUGGCAUCAUUUAGUAGGGUAACUUGGUACGAUUCCUCUAGCUGUUUGUGUAAAGCAUACUGGCCUCAUUUAGUAGGGUAACUUGGUAUGAUUCCUCUAGGUGUUUGUGUAAAGCAUACUGGCCUCAUUUAGUAGGGUAACUUGGUACGAUUCCUCUAGCUGUUUGUGUAAAGCAUACUGGCCUCAUUUAGUAGGGUAACUUGGUAUGAUUCCUCUAGCUGUUUGUGUAAAGCAUACUGGCCUCAUUUGGUAGGGUAACUUGGUACGAUUCCUCUAGGAGUUUGUGUAAAGCAUACUGGCCUCAUUUAGUAGGGUAACUUGGUACGAUUCCUCUAGCUGUUUGUGUAAAGCAUACUGGCCUCAUUUAGUAGGGUAACUUGGUACGAUUCCUCUAGCUGUUUGUGUAAAGCAUACUGGCCUCAUUUGGUAGGGUAACUUGGUACGAUUCCUCUAGGAGUUUGUGUAAAGCAUACUGGCCUCAUUUAGUAGGGUAACUUGGUACGAUUCCUCUAGGUGUUUGUGUAAAGCAUACUGGCAUCAUUUAGUAGGGUAACUUGGUACGAUUCCUCUAGCUGUUUGUGUAAAGCAUACUGGCCUCAUUUAGUAGGGUAACUUGGUAUGAUUCCUCUAGGUGUUUGUGUAAAGCAUACUGGCCUCAUUUAGUAGGGUAACUUGGUACGAUUCCUCUAGCUGUUUGUGUAAAGCAUACUGGCCUCAUUUAGUAGGGUAGCUUGGUACGAUUCCUCUAGCUGUUUGUGUAAAGCAUACUGGCCUCAUUUAGUAGGGUAACUUGGUAUGUACUUUGAGUUCUGUCUGAAUUUUAUUCUGGAAUAAAUACCAGUUAAUGAAGUUCCAGGUGCACCAGGGGUACACAGGCAAAAGGCUCUGUCAACAGCAAGAGUUAAAAGAUUAGGAGUCCAGCUCUCCCAAUCUCAAUAAGGUGAUUCUUUAUUAAUGGUGUCAAAUGACUCAUUUCUUUAACUCCAUUAAUAAAGGAUUACCUUAUGGAGAUCGGGAAUGCUGGAUCCACCCGAUUUGUUUUCUGGCACCACAGAGGCCUUUUAUUUACAUGAUGCUUUCACAUGAUAGAAUCUGAAAUGGGAUUUUCCUGGUCAAAUAUAACUUGAAUUUCCAUGUGAAUAAAUCUUCUUCAGGGGUAAUCAAUAUCCAGAAUAUCGCUGUCAAUAAACUGCUAGUAAAAUAAAACCUGUAAUUCCAUCAUCAUUUUUACCACUGCAGUGAACCUGUUUACAAUUUGUCCAUUUCCUCUCCACCAGGUGAGCUCCAGAGGAAAAUUGGUGUGAAGGUCCUGGAGAUGCGGGGGAAUGCUGUGGUGGGAUACUUGCAGUGCUUCGAUCUGGAAGGAGAGUCUGGCUUGGUGGUCCGAGCUAUAGGAACUGCUUGUACUUUGGAUAAAAUAAGUAAUCCAGCCUCGUUUGCCCCAGCGUGUAAUUCUCCCUGCAAAGAAAUGAAAGAGUAAGUGAUUUGAAGCACACUUGUUCUGUGACUCUGGUUGCCUAGACACUCUUUAGUAACUCUGGAAAUCUUCUGCCUAGUGUAAUUUUCUGAUCCUUUUUUUAGCCUCAAUCCAGGCAGUGCAUAUUUUAGCCUUUUCCCCCUGAAAACUAGAACGAUCUAGGUGUGCAAGCUGUUGUUGGCCAGUAAGGUAAUAAAUAUUUACUGUUAAAGAUAUCUCUAGUGAUUUGUUCGCUUUGACAUCCACUCAAUAAUAAUAAUAAUAAUAGCAAGGUGUUUGACACAAACCGUGCUGCGUGAUACAGAUCUAACUUGAAAGAUGAUGCAGACAUGGAGCCAUGGCUUUGAGGAAUUUCCACUAGCGAGCUGCGAUUAUACCUGACAUCCUGGACCUGCUUUACUUUUGUUAUUGAGUCUUCUGUAGGUUUUUGUUUUAAAAGUUUGAGAAUCAGUUUUGUUUUAUUUCAACAUUUUUGUGUAAUAUUUUCAGAACCCGAUGUUUGAUCCUAUUUGUUAGUUUUAAACGACAAUCUCCAGUACUCCUAAAAAAUAGCUUAUCUGUGAUAAUCUGAAAUAUCUUAAGGACUUGUCAACUAAACACAGUUUUCAGAGUUAAAAGUUUAGGCUGAAUUAGUUAUUAAUAAUCUAGGAUUCUCCACAAAUCGCUGGUAAACUAUUACACUAGAAUGCACAUCCAUAUCCUGGAAGGAAUGAAAUGUAAUUUUAACGGAAAAACUGUAAUGAUGAUAAAUCACCAAAUGUUAACAAACUAUAAAAGUUAUAUCUGCAAAGAAAACCAAAUAAACUCUCAGCCAUCGCUAUGUCAGAACAUACAGGGAUCACGGUCAGUGUGUACGUGUAUAUCUCCAUCAGGGUUAUUCACUAACGUGAGAUUUCAAGGUGAGCUCAAAAUAGCCAAAUGGGAAAAAUUCUUUAAGUCAGCUAUGCUUCUAUUUAAAAAAAAUAUAUAUAAAUAAUUCACUUUGAGGUCUUACUUUAGUAAAUCUCUAGUUUUUCUCUCUCUCUCUCUCGUUCUCUCGUUCUCUCUCCCCUCUCCCCCCACCACCCCCCACCUUUUGUAAAUUGAAUCUCUCUUGCUUGUGAAAGUCAGAUUUCUGAGAUAGAGUUGGGCUUUGCUUGAGGUAUGUACAGGCAGUUAAACCUACAGCUGCUCCACCUCUCUAUGAUGCAUGUGUUAUUUAGUAGUGGAGUAGUAACACUGCUUGCAGGCCAUAUAUAUAGAAUAUAUUUUAAUCUUCAGAUAUGUGUAUCUUUUAUCCUAUACAUUUCACUGUCAGUUUUGCAAGGCAGUGUCUAGAAUAAAGGAUUACUUAUCUGAUAUUGAUAUCGUUUCUUGGUUUGGAAGUGCCAGGGACAAAUUCUAUAAAUGUAAUUUAAACCACUAUCCUUCUAGGUAACCGUAACAUUCCAGUAACUUUGUAACAGCCCUCACUUCAGUUUAUAUCUGGUUUCUUAAAUUCCUGUGCCAGCCAUAUUGUUUUAAAUCUAGUGCACAGCUUACAGUGAAUGCCAGAACUAACAUGUGAUGAGUGCCUGCAUUGUCUUUGACCUCUUCUCUUCUUGCAUGCUUCUAGGAUUACAAACCAAAUCCCACCCUAAUCAUUUUAACACUUAGAACUGGUGCCAGCUACCCGUGUACUGUUUUCUUUUCUUCCACCUUUGCUGCCAAUUCUCUCAGGUCUCCGCUGAUUCAGCCGCCAAGCCACGGGUACCGUUCGACUCACAACAGCCCAAUUCACAUGGCUACUGGCUCACGGCUCAGUCAGAACUUCUCUGUGUCAGUUCCCACUCUCAUCUACACUGGUACGAGACCGCUCACACUCAGGAGCCACAGGCAGACUUGUCGCAAAGGGCAGGCAGGCAGGGAAUGUAGGCAGGUACCCUCUAUCUGUACUCCCUUUUAUUGGGGAGUUCUCUUAUUGCUGCUGAAACACUUCUUUUAUUGACUCCGCACUCAGUCCAGUAUCACUUGCUACCGACCAGUGCUUUCCCUAACUGCUGGUAUAUACUCUUGGUUUAAACUUGGCAAAAAAGCUGCUUUAAACCUGGAGACAGAAGGGAUGAGGCUGUGCCGGGCCAAAUUUAGCCACCCCUUUCACAUAAAUUCUCAGAAUUUUCAUAAGGAUUACCAGUCCCUUAACCACAUGUUUUUAGAGCGGAGAACAGGUUAUAAUAAUAAUAAUGCCUAAAAUGCAAUCUUGUAUUUGGUAACAAUGUCCCUUUGAUUUCCAUAUAAAUAUCAAAAUCAGUAUAGACUGCGUAGCAGCACGCCCAGUGCCGAUCAUGCAGUGAUAUUACAAGGGCAGAAUGAGUGGCUUUUGUCAGUAGAAGAAGCUGUUUUGAGUAACCGGUAAGUGACUCCUGUUGCUUGGCGUGAUGCCCGCUCUGUAGCUGUGGCACAUGAGUGAUGCUGCAGGAUAAGGAAACAUACUUCUGUUUGGCAGAAAGAUUAACGCCUUUUUUAUUUAUUUUUAUUUUAUUUUUUCUUGGCCGCAUACAUCGUAAAGAUGUUCUAAUUUUCUUACUUUUUAUUUUAAAGUUUCUGCUUACUUUAUGUUUCCCUUUGCAUUUGCUUUAUUUGGUUAUUUGGUUGUUUGGACUUGUCAUGCGAGAGUUGGCCUGAGGUCAAGACAGUGCCCUGUGGAAUGCUGCAAGGUUGACCUAAGCCCUUCCGGAGAAAGCACUGAAGCCCACUCACUCCCACCCACCCCAGUUCUGGACCCUUACCAUUAUCAGCCUCAACAUUUAUCAAAGGAUUGCUUAAUCUGUCUCCACCUUCUUCUGGCAGGGUUCCCUUCAGUGAGGAGCUUAAUACCAAUACUUACUCAUCAGGACCCUCCACCCCUCUGAAAAACCAAACCUGUUCCUUUUCACCUUCAAAGUCUUACAGCCGACAGUCGUCCUCUUCUGAUACAGAUUUAAGUUUGACACCUAAAACUGGUAAGGUGCAUCCACCACUUUGUUUUAAUUUGUUUCUUAUUUUCCCUUGUUUUGUCCUUUUUAUUUAUUUUCUUCUCUUCGUGUAGCCAUCUUUUUAUCCUUAACGUUAUCAAAAUUACCUUAAGAACUCUUUGUUACAGUGUGGGCUCCCUCAUGUUUUGUAGUAGGAGUGAAAAUAAUUGGGCACUUCCUUUGACAUUUCUAAAGAUAUGUUAUGUUAGCCUCCUUAUCCCAUAGUCAUAGCCUGCAGCUGGGGAUUCUGGGUAACAACACCCUCCUUAUCACAUAGCCAUAGCCUGCAGCUGGCUGUUCUAGGUAACCACCCGCCUCAUCCCAUAGCCUGAAGCUGAGGGCUCUAGGUAACCACCCGCCUCAUCCCAUAGCCUGAAGCUGGGGGCUCUAGGUAACCACCAGCCUCAUCCCAUAGCCUGAAGCUGGGGGGCUCUGGGUAACCACCCGCCUCAUCCCAUAGCCUGAAGCUGGGGGCUCUAGGUAACCACCCGCCUCAUCCCAUAGCCUGAAGCUGAGGGCUCUAGGUAACCACCCGCCUCAUCCCAUAGCCUGAAGCUGGGGGGCUCUAGGUAACCACCCGCCUCAUCCCAUAGCCUGAAGCUGGGGGGCUCUGGGUAACCACCCGCCUCAUCCCAUAGCCUGAAGCUGGGGGGCUCUAGGUAACCACCCGCCUCAUCCCAUAGCCUGCAGCUGGGGGGUUCUGGGUAACCACCCGCCUUAUCCCAUAGCCUGCAGCUGGGGGGGCUCUGGGUAACCACCCGCCUCGUCCCAUAGCCUGAAGCUGGGGGCUCUAGGUAACCACCCGCCUCAUCCCAUAGCCUGAAGCUGAGGGCUCUAGGUAACCACCCGCCUCAUCCCAUAGCCUGAAGCUGGGGGGCUCUAGGUAACCACCCGCCUCAUUCCAUAGCCUGAAGCUGGGGGGCUCUGGGUAACCACCCGCCUCAUCCCAUAGCCUGAAGCUGGGGGGCUCUAGGUAACCACCCGCCUCAUCCCAUAGCCUGCAGCUGGGGGGUUCUGGGUAACCACCCGCCUUAUCCCAUAGCCUGCAGCUGGGGGGGCUCUGGGUAACCACCCGCCUCGUCCCAUAGCCUGAAGCUGGGGGGCUCUGGGUAACCACCCGCCUCGUCCCAUAGCCUUAAGCUGGGGGGCUCUGGGUAACCACCCGCCUCGUCCCAUAGCCUGCAGCUGGGGGGGCUCUGGGUAACCACCCGCCUCGUCCCAUAGCCUGCAGCUGGGGGGGCUCUGGGUAACCUCCCGCCUCGUCCCAUAGCCUGCAGCUGGGGGGUUCUGGGUAACCACCCUCCUUAUCCCAUAGCCUGCAGCUGGGGGGUUCUGGGUAACCACCCUCCUUAUCCCAUAGCCUGCAGCUGGGGAUUCUGGGUAACCACCCUCCUUAUCCCAUAGCCUGCAGCUGGGGGGUUCUGGGUAACCACCCGCCUCAUCCCAUAGCCUGCAGCUGGGGGGUUCUGGGUAACCACCCUCCUUAUCCCAUAGCCUGCAGCUGGGGAUUCUGGGUAACCACCCUCCUUAUCCCAUAGCCUGCAGCUAGGGAUUCUGGGUAACCACCCUCCUUAUUACAUAGUCUGCAGCUGGGGGUUCUGGGUAACCACCCUCCUUAUCCCAUAGCCUGCAGCUGGGGGUUCUGGGUAAUCACCCUCCUUAUCACAUAGCCUGCAGGUGCAUUCUCUAUUUCCCAGAUCAGCUAUUUUGGGUUAAAUGUUUCAAUUACCUAGUAUGCUUCCACAAUCCAUAUUUUAGUGAACACCACCCAUUGUCCUACCCCCUUCUGGAGAAAACCUUGAUCUUUAGACGUCCUCUCCAGCCAAGGAAAAUAUAUGAUGAAUUUUACAAAGUUCAGUCUGUGUGAGCCUCGUAGAACAGAUGCAGAAUUAACCGUUCUGGGGAUUUCUAUUCAUUAGCAAGCAAUCGUCACUCCUCUGUCAGUCGAGGAGUUAGAAGGUCAACGAAGGGGACAGGGUAACCGAUUCAACGUGUAACAGCCCCAGUUCUGCAGAAGAGAUUUAAUGAGCAAUAAGAGCCAAAGGGAGUUCCAUACAUUUGUUGAUUGAGGGGAUUUCUUUCCUAAACUGCAAACUAUUGCAAAUUUUAAACCGAAUUGUCAAAUUUGUUGUGUUUUUCAGAUGAGCUAUUUUUGCCUCGGUGUUUCAGUCUGGAUUUCCGUUUACUAGUUUGGUGUUUAAGAAAGAAACCCCUUUGUGUAUAGUGUUCUGUGUUCUCAAUAGAGGAGGGUUUUGAUAACUUUCCAUCUCUUUUUGCCGUUGUGGUGCUGUUUUUUUGUGUCAACCCCUGAUGCAAGCAGUUUUUAUAUAACCCGAUAAAUGCUAUUUCGUUUUUUUCUUGUUUUCUUUUUACUUAUGAUGUUUUUAUUCCGAUGUUCAUUUUUCUUUCUUCUGUUUCUGUUCUUUCCUCAUCUCUUGUAACUUCCAUCUUCCAACUGCUCCUGUUCACUACCAGCCGUGGCGCUGCGAGGGCCUAGGAUUUUUGUUUGCCCCAGUUCCCCUGCCCUCCUCUAUCAGUCCCCAUGUUUCAAUCAGUCCUGUAGCCUCCUGCCUGCAGCGGGCAGCACAACCCCUCUGCUCCCCAGUCAUACCCUGAGGAAGUCCGUCUCAUUCAGUAACGAGCUGCUGUUGGCUGGUAGGGCUCAGCUUUCUGCACACAGAGCUGUCACCAGCAUGCUAUUGUGUCUAGAAAUAACCAAAUAACGUAAAAAUCUCACAAACUUAACUAUUUUUGCAAUCUAGUUUGCAGUGGCUUAGACUGUUUUUCUAAUACUGGUUAGAAUAGGAAUUUUACAAUGGUAAUGUAGCAUUUGAUUUACGCUUCAUCAUCAGAUGGCAAAUCUCAAGAUGCAGCCAUGUUUAAAUCAUCAGCACCUGAGUUUGCUCUUUAAUUAUCCCAUGCUGUCACGUAGCGUAGGUGCUGCACCUUCAUGGAGGGCCUUGUCUUGGUACCACAAAAUACUACAUACCUAAACUGUCUCCAUAACAGGUCUUUGUAACGGUUAAUGCUCUGCCAUGUACAGACCCACAGAGCUUAUUUGGAUUUAAUAUAUCUUGUGUUCAUGUUAAACAAUGCUUAGGGAUAUUGCAUGAAGUAGUUAGUGUAGUAAUAAAAGUACACUGGCUAGGGGUUUAUUGGUAUUUUGUACACUGGCUAGGGGUUUAUUGGUAUUUUGUACACUGGCUAGGGGUUUAUUGGAUUCUGUACAUUGGCUAGGGGUUUAUUGGCAUUCUGUACACUGGCUAGGGGUUUAUUGGUAUUCUGUACAUUGGCUAGGGGUUUAUAGGCAUUCUGUACAUUGGCUAGGGGUUUAUAGGCAUUCUGUACAUUGGCUAGGGGUUUAUAGUCAUUCUGUGCAUUGGCUAGGCAUUAUGUGCAUUGGCUAGGGGUUUAUAGGCAUUCUGUACACUGGUUAGGGGUUUAUAGUCAUUCUGUGCAUUGGCUAGGCAUUAUGUGCAUUGGCUAGGGGUUUAUAGGCAUUCUAUACACUGGUUAGGGGUUUAUAGGCAUUCUGUGCAUUGGCUAGGGGUUUAUUGGUAUUCUGUACAUUGGCUAGGGGUUUAUAGGCAUUAUGUGCAUUGGCUAGGCAUUAUGUGCAUUGGCUAGAGGGUUAAAAGCAUUCUGUGUAUUGGCUAGGGGUUUAUAGGCAUUCUGUGUAUUGGCUAGGCAUUAUGUGCAUUGGCUAGGGGGUUAUAGGCAUUCUGUGCAUUGGCUAGGGGGUUAUAGGCAUUAUGUGCAUUGGCUAGGGGGUUAUAGGCAUUAUGUGCAUUGGCUAGAGGGUUAUAGGCAUUCUGUGCAUUGGCUAGGGGGUUAUAGGCAUUCUGUGUAUUGGCUAGGCAUUAUGUGCAUUGGCUAGGGGGUUAUAGGCAUUAUGUGCAUUGGCUAGGGGGUUAUAGGCAUUAUGUGCAUUGGCUAGGGGGUUAUAGGCAUUCUGUGCAUUGGCUAGGGGGUUAUAGGCAUUCUGUGUAUUGGCUAGGCAUUAUGUGCAUUGGCUAGGGGGUUAUAGGCAUUAUGUGCAUUGGCUAGGGGGUUAUAGGCAUUAUGUGCAUUGGCUAGAGGGUUAUAGGCAUUCUGUGCAUUGGCUAGGGGGUUAUAGGCAUUCUGUGCAUUGGCUAGGGGUUUAUAGGCAUUCUGUGUAUUGGCUAGGCAUUAUGUGCAUUGGCUAGGGGGUUAUAGGCAUUCUAUACACUGGUUAGGGGUUUAUAGGCAUUCUGUGCAUUGGCUAGGGGUUUAUUGGUAUUCUGUACAUUGGCUAGGGGUUUAUAGGCAUUAUGUGUAUUGGCUAGGCAUUAUGUGCAUUGGCUAGAGGGUUAAAAGCAUUCUGUGCAUUGGCUAGUGGGUUAAAGGCAUUCUGUGUAUUGGCUAGGGGUUUAUAGGCAUUCUGUGUAUUGGCUAGGCAUUAUGUGCAUUGGCUAGGGGGUUAUAGGCAUUCUGUGUAUUGGCUAGGGGUUUAUAGGCAUUCUGUGUAUUGGCUAGGCAUUAUGUGCAUUGGCUAGGGGGUUAUAGGCAUUCUGUGUAUUGGCUAGGGGUUUAUAGGCAUUCUGUGUAUUGGCUAGGCAUUAUGUGCAUUGGCUAGGGGGUUAUAGGCAUUCUGUGUAUUGGCUAGGGGUUUAUAGGCAUUCUGUGUAUUGGCUAGGCAUUAUGUGCAUUGGCUAGGGGGUUAUAGGCAUUCUGUGUAUUGGCUAGGGGUUUAUAGGCAUUCUGUGUAUUGGCUAGGCAUUAUGUGCAUUGGCUAGGGGGUUAUAGGCAUUCUGUGCAUUGGCUAGGGGUUUAUAGGCAUUCUGUGCAUUGGCUAGGCAUUAUGUGCAUUGGCUAGGGGGUUAUAGGCAUUCUGUGCAUUGGCUAGGGGUUUGGAUCUCCAUUUAGAGAUAUUUCACACAUUAUCUAGGGGCUUAUAGGUCAGUACAUGCCAGGCUACAUGUAUUAUAUUGCUGGCAGUCUGGGUUCUGUUAUGGGUUUAUUCUUUAUUUUUGUAGUGCAGAGUGAAAUCCAAUCUCAUUAACCAUUUUGUUUUCUCAUUUUGUGUGUCUGCCUCAUUAGUACUGUGUAGUCCUGUUGGUCAAAGUGUUUGCAUCAGACUUUUACUAAACACGUUGAAAUCGGACUAUAGAGACACUAAGCUCAUGAUGUUUCCUUAUCCAAUCACCACUGAUGUGCUUAGUAAUAAGUCCAGGUAGUUUUAGGAAAAGCUAGUGGGGGUCCUUACCUGAUGCACUAUUGUAGACCAGUUGCUUGCUAUCCGCGUGGGCAUAUUAUUUUAUUAUUUGUAUAGCGCCAGCAAAUUCCAUAGCGUGGGCAUAUGAAAAUACUGUCACAGAAUAAAACACAGGUCCUAAAGUAACUCGCCCCCACUAUCACCAUUUAUCCACUCUAUUCCUCUGUCUGCUCCUAGAUACCCUUCCUUCAUCCUGGCAUGUUAAUGAUCGGAUGGCCUGUAUGUAGAAAUCCAUGCAGUCCAAUUAAUAGAUCGUUAAGCAUUACUUAAAGUGCUGGACCCACUUAAACUGCAGAACUCUCCAGACGAGAGCACAGGCUUAUUCACUAACGUGAGAAAUCAAAAUUAAAUUCUAAUUUUAGGCCAAAGUAGCUAAUCUGGAAGUGUAGCUGACUUGGAUAAUGUUUCCAUUUUGGCUAUUUUGGUCUCAAUUAGAAAUGCAGGCUUUUCUGCGUGUGACUAAAUGGAGCCUGCAUUGUCUUAUUAAAAGCAGUUAAACAUGCAUGCAGUGAUGGGAAGCAAGCCCCAUAGACUGUGCUGUGAUCUACUUUAACGCACCAUCACUCUUUCUCUGGAGCACUGUGGUCUUUGCAUGAUCCCUGAAAUUAUGUCUUUUCAUGUUAAAUGGCCAUUCAUAAAUGUUGAACCAGUGCUAAGUGUGUAGAAUCCGUUAUUGAGAGUGGGUGCAUGUACUAAGUGUGUUUCUGUAAUGAUUCUCUACAGGAAUGGGAAGUGGCAGCGCUGGAAGAGAUGGAGGUGCAUUUAAAGCCCUCCUCAGGCAGCAGACACAGACUGCGUUGGAGCAGAGGGUAAGCGUCUACUAGACAUCUUCUCAGUCUCCAGCCUCUUUGAUAUCUGCUUAUUUCAUGAAUCUGCAACUUUCUGUAAAAACUAAAAUUUCCUGAUACUGUUAUUAAAGGGACACUCCAGUGCUGUGCUUCUAUUGCACUUAGUGCUGCAAUGUAAAACAUGUUCCAAAGAACUGCAAUGUUUACAUUGCAGCUCCAAGUCUGCCCUCUGUGGCUGUCUAAUAGACAGCCACUAGAGGGCUUCCAGAAUCCAAACCGACCUUUGGUCGGUUAUCUGAUGCUGGACGUCCUCACUGACCUCCAGCGUCAGAUUUUCCCCAUAGGAAUGCAUUGAAUAAUGCUUUCCUAUGGGGAGGUCUAAUGCGCAUUAGGUCUCCCCCACCAGCUGAUGAGGGACAUUGGCGCUGGAUUCAGGUAAGUAGCUGAAGGGCAAGCGACAAGGGGUGGGCUGCGGGAGGGAGGGGGGCACUUCAGGAUCCUGCAGUGCCAGGAGUCCCUUUUAAAUUAGAAAGCACUGCCCUCUUGUACUUUUACCAAUUGUUAGGUCUCUGGAAGAAAUCAACAUAAGAUUUAAUAUUUGAUCGGACAGAGGUGCCAAUUAACCCUUGCCGCUGUCGCUUCCCAUUGUUUUCCAAUUGUUAGGGCUUUUUUUUUUUUUUUUUUGAUGCUGUACAACCUGUGCUGUUAGACAUUACUGGUGACGUGACGGCACCAUUCCCUUUACAUUGGCAUGGGGUACCGUUGAAAAAGUCAGGAUUUAUUCCCAAUUCUGUGAACAGUUAGCUGUGUGAGUGCUGCUUAUCGUGUCUUUCUAUUGUUUAAGUUAUGAUGGUUAUCAUUGUGUUCUUUUUUGAUGAUUAAUUUGCCACUUGCAAUAUCUUUCCAGGAGUUCCCCUUUUUCACACUAACUGCAUUUCCGCCAGGAUUCCUUGUACAUGUUGGUGGUGUUGUUAGCGCUCGCUCUGUGAAACUCCUGGAUCGCAUUCACAAUCCCGGUGUGUAUGUCUGUUUUAUUAGUUUUUGCAAACCGUUUCUUUUUAGUAAAAAGGAAAUUGGUGUGAGACGGUAAACGUUCCAUUUUGCUGUGAUUUAUUCUGUAGCUAAUGCCAGCCAUGCUCCUGUUUUUAUUGCAGAGUAUGUUAACGUUCUCUGUGUUUAAGGAGUAUUCUGUGUAAGGUAUCACUUGAAGGUUUCUAGCUUUAGGAAUACUGUAUAAGGGGUUGGGAGUGUUGACUGUAAGGGUCUCUGAAAGUAUUCUAUAUUUACAGGGUCCUCUGAGCACAGUAUUUAAGAAUCCUCUGAGUAGUUUGUACUUAUGAAAGAAUCAUUAAACUUUAAAAGUACUUUAUAUAGGGCUCUCUGAGGGUCGACACUGCUCUAUGUAGGGAUCUUUGGUGAUGGAUGGAGUUGUAUAUAGAGGUCUCUGAGGGUUGAGAGUGCUGUGUGUAUGGGUCUCUGAGGGUUGAGAGUGCUGUGUGUAUGGGUCUCUGAGGGUUGAGAGUGCUGUGUGUAUGGGUCUCUGAGGGUUGAGAGUGCUGUGUGUAUGGGUCUAUGAGGGUUGAGAGUGCUGUGUGUAUGGGUCUCUGAGGGUUGAGAGUGCUGUGUGUAUGGGUCUCUGAGAGUUGAGAAUGCUGUGUGUAUGGGUCUCUGAGAGUUGAGAGUGCUGUGUGUAUGGGUCUCUGAGGGUUGAGAGUGCUGUGUGUAUGGGUCUCUGAGGGUUGAGAGUGCUGUGUGUAUGGGUCUAUGAGGGUUGAGAGUGCUGUGUGUAUGGGUCUCUGAGGGUUGAGAGUGCUGUAUAUUAGAGGUCUGAGGGUUGAGGGGUGUGUGUAUAUAUAGGGGUCUCUGAGGGCUGAGGUGUGUGUGUGUGUGUGUGUGUGUGUGUAUAUGUAUGUGUAUGUAUAUAUAUGUAUGUGUAUGUAUAUAUAUAUGUGUGUGUCUCUGAGAGUUGAGAGUGCUGUAUAUUAGAGGUCUCUGAGGUUUGAGUUGUGUGUGUGUGUGUGUAUAAGGGUCUCUGAGGGCUGAGAGUGUGUGUGUGUCUGUCUCUCUGAGGGUUGAGAGUGCUGUAUAUUAGAGGUCUGAGGGUUGUGUGUGUGUGUAUAGGGGUCUCCGAGGGUUGAGAGUGCUGUAUAUUCGAGGUCUCUGAGGGUUGAGUGGUGUGUGUGUGUGUGUGUGUGUGUGUGUGUGUGUAUAUAUAUAUAUAUGUGUGUGUGUGUCUCUGAGGGUUGAGAGUGCUGUAUAUUAGAGGUUUCUGAGGUUUGAGUUGUGUGUGUGUGUGUGUGUAUAAGGGUCUCUGAGGGCUGAGAGAGUGUGUGUGUCUGUCUCUCUGAGGGUUGAGAGUGCUGUAUAUUAGAGGUCUGAGGGUUGUGUGUGUGUGUGUAUAUGGGUCUCUGAGGGCUGAGUGCUGUAUAUUCGCGGUCUCUGAGGGUUGAGUGGUGUGUGUGUAUAUAUGUGUAUAUGUGUGUGUGUGUAUAUGUGUGUGUGUGUGUAUUCCCUUUUCCUGCCUUUCUGUUUAUUUUGACUCAGAAGUUUUACUUGUUUGGCUUUCAGCACAAACAGUUUGAAUGACGAGGUUACACAAUGCGCGGUGUAAAGCAAUCUCUGUAUUCGUGGUGCCAGUGGCCUGUAAAAUCUGUGUAAUGCAAUAACUUUCAAUAUACAUUUUGCCAGUAACGUGGCUGUGCAAUGCACAGAUUGAAUCUUAUUCCUUGCGAGGUUGGACCGGUGUCUUUUCAACCAGAUGCUGCUCGAACAUAAUUCUUGUUGAUUCUAACGCUUCAGAAAAGCUCUUUGAUGGACAUUUUAUAAUAUACUUUCACAAAGAUUUAAGAAAAAUGGGGGCAAACUGAGGGUCCCAGUGUUUCCAUCACUGCAUGCUCUUGGCAAAUCAGCAGGAUGGCAUAAUGACGCAAUGUGUUCGUCAACAAAAAGUGUCAAAGAGCUUUUCUUUACCCUGUAGGUCAUGAACAGAUGCCCUUUGAAUCUUAAUAAGAGGUGAAUAAAUUAAAUUCUGACACAGUGGUAAAAUAAUUUAUUUAAUAGCACGGAUUUGACUUUAAAUGUUUCAUUUGCAAAAUAAUACUUUUGGCCAUGACUCUUGCAAGUUUUUCUAAAUCCUUCAAUUCCAAACUUUUAUUAACUGUGCUGUCUGUGUCUUUCUAGUUCUCUGUGUAAACUGUGCUCGUCUUUGUACUUCUGACGUUUCUGCUUCUGUAACUGACCUACUAAUUUGCUGUUUUAAACUCAGCCUUUGUCGGGAUAAUGGGUAACACAAGAUCUUACAAACUGCUAGACUGGAAUAGUUACAAUUCAGGUAUUUUAAUAGUCUUUACAUAAAAUACAUUUAUGACGGUAAAAAUAAUGGCAGCUCAGUGAAGAACUUAGUGUGGAAGGUUUGCGCUGUGAAUCCCAGUGCAGCCACUGGAACCAAACCAUAAUGUUUGCCUAUAUCCCUAAAAAUUAAAUUUUUACAUUCAACAUAUUCAGGUAACAUCUGCAUAAUUCGGGCACCGCCGAUUCUUAAUGAACCUUUAAGACUUACACCAUCAUGCCCUUUAAAUGCAUAGCCCAUUCCUGUUAGUAUAUGUAACUGGUAUAACGUGGGACUGUGUGGAUAGUGUAGAAUGUAGAUGCUCUGCUUGCACCAUAUUGUCUGAUAAUGUUUCCUAAUGCCAAUAUAGUAAACCACUCUAGUCUGCCUGGACGUCUUCUUCACCGCAUCAGCACGAUCAUGCCACGGGACUGGUUGCCCACACACUGCCACUCGUGUUUGGGUGUGAGUGGAUAGUGGCGACUGGACAAACAUGGCGUAAGGGAGCCCAGGUUUCAGUUAAUUAGUUGCUCCAGCGAAUCAUUGUUUUUUUGUUUUGUUUUUUAACCCACUCAACAGCUUGAAAUCAAAUGAACUCUCCAAAUACAAAAAAAAACAGUUUAAUUUGCUCAGUUGCUUUAUGCGUGAUGUGUCCUUUUUGUUUUAGUUUUUUUUUUCAUUUCACAAAAAGUACAGAUUUCAAUAGAAAUUUUCACUUUUAUAACUUCUCCCUCGGCUGUCAGACAACUGGUCCUGAUGCUUCCUGGUUUGCAAAGACUUCUCAUGUAGCUGCAUUGGGAAGUGUAAAAACAUGAGCGUAAGACACCACCUAGGAGGUUUGUCAAUCCAUGGCUUCCAUACUCUAUUACUCUACCGCCACCUGCUGUGUUGUAAUAGGAGAGGCCAUACCUUACUUUUCUCUCGCCCCACACCGGUUGCAAUGCUAUGUGCUCUUUGGAAAACCUUUUGUUUUUUACACAACGUUGCAUGGAAUGAGGUACAUCUUGUGAGUUAUUCCUUAGCAGACACUGACUUGCUCUGAAGUAACAUUUGCACAUUCAGCAGUGAUAUCUUGAGAUUUGAGAGAACCCCUAAACUACCUGUGGAAUUUGUGGGGGUUCAUUAUUUAGAAAGAUCAAUUUUUUUGAUCAGCUAGUGUUCGAUGCCUACAGGAAACUGUGGCAGUGUGGAAGGUGUCUUGACUGUGAGAAAGUGUUGUUUCUUUAAAUUUGUCUUAAAGAUUUAGCAAAUAUCAUCACAAUCGAGUUAAACUCCGGUCCUGAUACAGCUUACAUUGAAUUGCAAUAGGAGAAACUGACUUAUCAAAGUCUGUAUUUUAAAAAGUGGUCUAAAGUAAAGUGGAGCAAUCACCAUGGAAACUAGCAGGCAAAUUCCAUUGACUUCUAAAUUUUUGCACCUCUUUUUAGAAACAAAAUUCAAGGUGGAUUUAAAGUGAAUUUCAAAUUUAAAGGAACACUGUAGCACUAGGAAUACAAAAUGCGUAUUCUUAACACUAUAGUGCCCUGGUAGCCAUUUAUGUCCCAAGCACCCACCUGUAGGUAGGAAAAAAGGUAUUUUUACUUAUCUUUUCUCCCUCAGAGCCGCUCUCCACAUUGACGUCUCGCCUCCUUAACUGAGAUCAAGAUUCGUGGUCUGGUUUUUUUUUAUUUUAUUUUUUAUAGGAAAGCAUUGGGGAGGCUAGUGCUCCAAUUUGAUGUCUCUAUAAUCGCCUCUAGAGACAUUUAAAUCCUGCAAUGAAAGAAUUGGCCUUACUACACAAUGUCAGGGUUAAAACGAGCUGGGUGGGUGGACAUAGCACCCAGGCAACUUCCCAUGGAGAUAAUGUGCUAUGGGUGCCUAUAAAGUUCCUUAAAGGUCUAAAUUGCCAAACUGGAAAAUUAUGACAUUUCAAAAAAGUCAGUUAUGCUUUCAAUUCAGCUACUCUGACUUUAAAUUUGAAAUGCACUUUGGAUUUUUUUUUAAUGUGAAUAACUUUUAGAAACAUCAUGAAUUUAUCGCUCUCCAAAUUUUCUUAUUGAUUGACAGGUGUAAAAGGUGGAGCUUAUAACAUUGAUGGGGAGCCAACAUAGAGGCAUCCAUUUCUAGGACAUAUUUAAAUACAGUGAUGUGCAUUUCUACCUUUCAUUUUAUUUCUUCUCAAUAUUUGUUCAAUAUAAAAGCAUGGGAUGUGCCAGUUCCUUUAACAUCCUAUUACCUCUGGUGGGCCAUUGUCUGCCGGUGGCACACAUUGAUUAUUACGUGCCGACAGCAGCAAGCUCUGGGGAGGAAUUUGGUUAUAUAAUACAUGUGACUAAUCUUGAAACCUCAGCAAAAUAUUGUUUAGAUGUGGCCAGCUGCUGUAAAUCUUUUAAUGCCCCCUAUUCUGCAACAUUUCCGUUUCUGUCACACAAAACUUUCACUGCUUGUAAAGAGCCAGUGUCUGUGUGUUUAAAUUGUCCCAUUCAAUCUUUUUACUGAGAAUAGUACUUCAUGUCAGACGAGGAACAAUUUACUUCUAUCCUAGAGCUCUUUUCUACGGACAGUGGGAUUAUCAAGCACUCAGGACUAAUUCUGCCCAUUAUACGCUGUGAAUUAGCACGAGUACAGCCGGACGCAUUCCCUCAAUCUGUUAGAGAGGUUGUGCCCACAUUUAAAGUCUGAAAACACAGUGUCUCAUUUAAAGUUGUUCAAAAUUCACUACUAAUGAGGUAUGGCUAGAAGGAAGUGUGUAAUAUCUGCCUUACCCACACUUCUCGUGGGUGCGGAGCUAUGGAAGCCAGGAACACUCAUUCAGUGUUAAACUGCUCAAAAAUGGUUUAACUCUAAAUCAAGGGUCAGUGCCAGGGGAUUUCAGGCACUAUAACCACUUUAAUGAGAUGAAAUGUUCAUAGUGUCUAAAGUGUCCCUUUUGAGGUCUAUUUGUGGGAAACUGUGAUUGUGAAUUAAGGUAAUGCCCAUUUUAACCCAAUGACCUCUCUAUGGGGAUUACAUUUCUAUCUGAAUCCUACAUGCAGAUAGUGCAUUAAAGGACACUAUAGGCAUCAACAAAAACUUUAGCAUACUGAAGCAGUAUUGGUGUAUAGACCAUGCCCCUGCAAUCUCGCUGCUCAAUUUCUGCCAUUUAGGCAUUAAAGUACUUUGUUUCUGUUUAUGCAGCCCUAGCCACACCUCCCCUGGCUGUGACUGACACAGUCUGCAUGAAAAAAAGGUUUAAUUUUCAACCUAAUGAUAACUUACUUUAGACGUUUUUUUUCCCAUUAUCUCUAAAUUUCACUUAAUCACACACAGUAGUCUCAAAGACUAUUAACAGAGCAGAAGAUAAGACAUUCUAACUUAAACAGAAUUUACUAUAAAUGAAGUGUAAACAAUAAAUUAUCCCUUACAGGAAGUUUUUAGGAAGGCUGUGCAAGUCACAUGCAGGGAGGUUUUGCCUAGGGUUUGCAUAAACAAAGUGAUUUAACUCCUAAAUGGCAGAGAAUUGAGCAAUGAGACUGCAGGGGCACGAUCUAUACACCACAAUGCUUCAUUAACCUAAAGCUGUUUUGGUGACUAUAGUGUGUCCCUUUUAACUGUUUUUCUCACCUGUCUGGGAUUUGUAUAAGAUUGUACUUUUAACUUUAUCCUUGCUAUAGGAUAACUGCAGGGGGUUUAUUUUCCAUUUCCCAAUUACCAUUGAUUCUUCCAAUUAAAUACAAUCCGUUUUUAUGCCUUACCCAUCUCAUAGAGUUAGUGUCACACAGGGUUAUUCUAUGAAGUAAGAAAUGUCAGGAAUGAAACGUGAAUUUAACAUUUUAAAUAAAAUCUCUGAAUUGGAAAUCUUAUCGAAGUCUGUUGUGUUUUCAGUUUGGCUAUGAAUUCCUGUCGAGGCACGCUUAAAUAAUAUGGCUGUAUUGUUUUGUAGGAGGAGGUAACUUAUGACGUGUAAAAGCUAGAACAUAUUCUAACAAUGCUAAAAGGAACAGCAUAAUGUAAGAAAUAAUAUAUGCGUUGGAGUUCCUUACUGUCUUUAGAUAAGAUGGGCCUCUUGGCUUUUGUCAUUUUUAAGGGAGGAUGUUUGUUUCCAUGCUUUAAAGUGGUUUUGGUGCUUGGUAUCUUUUUUUUUUUAACUGUAUAAAUAAAGUUAGAUUUUUAAUUAAAAUUAAACUUGCAUACAAAUCUGGUUGUAAAAUGCAUGAAGGGGAUACACAGAGAAUUGCUCGGUUCCAUUUAAAUACCCUGUGAUAUUUCAACCAAUAAAUCAGUCUUCUGCAAAACAAAGCAUUCUAGAAAUCAUUUUAAAUCUGAAAUAACACUUAACAGAAAGGCAAACGUUGUGAUAUUUAAUGCUCCCCAACCUGUGGCUGAAACCAAGACCUGUUUUAUCAUGGCCUCAUUGGGGCUGUCUGCCCGUGUUUUGAUGUAGGGUACACGUAGGGCCAUUUCUUUCUGUCUGCAUUUCACUGAGCUGCCAUCGUUUUCUGUGUGUUAAAUCACAAACCCCUAGCAUGCAUCGAUCUACCCAUUUCUGGCUCUCGUCUGCUAAUUUCCAUGAAACCCUUAGCACACAGACUAGCGUAUUCUCUGCACCUUGCUGGACACGCUUUACCCUUUAUUUUUUUACUUGAAUUACUUUGCCUUAAUGUGCAGUGUACACAUGCUUUAUUGAAUCCUCUGUGGCGUUUUGUGGCCCCCUGUGAGACCUGAAAUAAGAAGCUGCUUGUCUGUAAAUUGCAGACGGAGAACCUGCAUUUAGUGCUUUUCAUGCAGUCCUCCCUCACUCUUAUAGCCGUGUUUUCUUUAUACUCAGCUUAUGUUGGCAUGAAAGGUAAGUUCUCCGAGCUUCUCUUGUGUUUGAUUAUUUUACCCCCCAGCACAGCUAUGAAAGUUCUGCAGUUUUAUCUCACACUGCCUUAUUUCUGUCUGAUUAAUCUGAUCCAACAUUUUGGCUUUCCACUAUCCCUCCACUAAAUAUUAACCUUGUUCCAAGUUCUUAUGGAACAGGUGUCAAACACUCUCCUUGUCGUGCAUGCAUUGUGGCAAACAGUAUUAUUUUGUAAUGUUAGUGUCUGCUAGAAGCCGCUGUGAAGCGGUUGGAAUGGUUUAAAAAUUCUGAAGCCAAAAAUGAAUUCUGGUAAUAGGGCAUUAAGAUAAGCGUUUUUGAUAAACCUGUAAGAGAAUGCAGAUCAGUCCUUGCCAUCGGGUGUUUAUCCCGAUACGGAUAGAAUGGGCAGGUCUCUUGCCUAUAUGGCUGACCGGGAAUAGAUCUUAUUUGGCUGUGUUUAUGAUUUGGUUCUUAUAUGCUGAUUUAACAGGAAAAUCUGAGCCUGUUUAGUUACAGGUUGCAAUUACUUGCCUCAAGUGACCUGCACCGACUGUUGUCUGGUAAAAAAGCGCAAUGAUAUUUUUUUUAUAGUGACAUUAUUCUUAUAUAUCACAAUACUGUGACUGCCCCCAAUAACAAAACAACUGAAACAAAUACACCCAAUGGAUCCUUAAUAGCAGGCAGUCUUUUAAGACCACGUUUCAGCACUGUUGACUUGACAAAGGCACAGGAUAGUGCCGAAACGUUGUCUUUUACUCUGAAUGCCAAAUAAAAGACUACCUGUUUUUAAGAAACUAUUGGGUAUUUUUGUUCCAGUUGGAUUGAUUAGGACUUGGCCUUCCUGGCUUGGAGCACCCCGGUGGGAGUAUUCCCCUAAUGGUGUGUGCAUUGCCCUCUUACACUCUGCCACAGUAACAAAACUCUGUUUGCAUUUGUUAGCAGUCUCUUUCUAUGUCUAUAUAAUGCAGGAUUCACUGUUUAUUGCUGUUCUAACAAUAGGCGGCUUUCUGCAGUGCCUGUACCAAACCAAAAAAGCAGAACAUUUGCAUGUGGGCAGAGAGGGCAGGGUUAAUCUAUACAAUCAUUGCCUGCUGCCUCUUUAAUCUAUUUGGGUAAAGUGUAAUCCCUUACCUCAUGACAUACACAGUAUACAAACACACAAUAUGCUGGCUCAGACACUGUGUGUGUGUGUGUGUGUGUAUGUAUGUAUGUGUGUAUAUGUGUGUGUGUGUGUAUAUGUGUGUGUGUGUGUAUAUAUAUAUACAGGCUAAGACACUUUAUAUACACACACACUAUGUUGGCUCAGACACUGUAUAUACACACUAUGCUGGCUCAGACACUGUGUGUCUGUGUGUGUGUGUAUAUGUAUAUAGAGAGAGAGAGAAUAAAGGGAGCACACUAGGACUACUUCUGAGUGGAAAAAAUAGUAUUUACUGUAUUAUAAAAUAAUACAUGUCCUGUGCAGAGUACAGAAAAUCGACGUUUCGACCGACCCCAGGAGGGUCAAAACGUCGAUUUUCUGUACUCUGCACAGGACAUGUAUUAUUUUAUAAUACAGUAAAUACUAUUUUUUCCACUCAGAAGUAGUCCUAGUGUGCUCCCUUUAUUCUCUAUUCUAUAUUUUACGCGGGAUUGCACCUAGGCAAUUUUUGAAUUUGCUUAAGUAAGCUCUAGGAGGAGUGCCUUGCUUAUCUAUUUUUCUGUGUGUGUGUAUAUAUAUAUACACACACACACACACACACACACACACACACUAUGCUGGCUAAGACACUGUAUAUACACUCUAUGCUGGCUCAGACACAUAUAUAUAUAUACACACACACACUAUGCUGACUAAGACACUGUACACACACACACUAUGCUGACUAAGACACUGUAUAUACACACUAUGCUGUGUGUGUGUGUGUGUGUGUGUGUGUGUGUGUGUGUGUAUAUAUAUAUACACACACACACACACUCUGCUGGCUAAGACACUGUAUACACACACUAUGCUGGCUAAGACACUGUAUAUACACACCCACACACACACUAUACUGGCUAAGACACUGUAUACACACACACUAUGCUGGCUAAGACACUGUAUGCAUACACACACACACUAUGCUGGCUAAGACACUGUAUGCACACACACACACACACUAUGCUGGCUAAGACACUGUAUGCACACACACACACACACACACACUACGCUGGCUAAGACACUGUAUAAACACACUAUGCUGGCUAAGACACUGUAUACACACACUACACUGACUUAAUUGUUGCUGUUGUAAAACCUCUAUAGAUACCUGUAAUCAGUCGCUACACCCAAAGGGUUAAUAUUUGACAUCUCCUUCAUUAAGGGUGUUGGGUCCAGUGGCCCAGUUAUUUUCCAGCCACCUCUGACAAAUUCCAUGGGAACUCGCUAGAAUACUCCGUAUGCGGUCAGGAAAAAGGAGAUCUGCAUCCUACAGUAGUACAUUAAUUCUCUUCUUAAACAGGGAUUUUAUGUGAAAUCACACGUAACACUAAAUGGAAAUCCGGAGAUGUCUUUGUCAUUUCAAUUAAAUUUUUUUUUCAGAUGAACCAGAAACUCGUGAUGCGUGGUGGGCAGAGAUACGCCAGGAGAUUAAAUCUCAUGCGAGAGCCCUGGGCUGCCAUGCUGUGGUGGGUUACAGCGAGUCCACUAGUAUCUGGUAAGCCAAUCUCUUUUUUUCCCCUGUUCUUUACUACAGUGUAAAACUGUAAUGGUAAUCUGUUGUACAAACAGAGAGAUCCCGAGGGGUAUUCCUGUCCCCAGAUCCAUUUUAUCAUGGGAUGCACGAAAACAAUACAAUGAUAUUACUUGAUAAUCGCAUCGAACAGCGCUGCUAUGUAUGUUGGUUCUGUAAAUAAAGUGACUUGCUGAUCUGUUUAAUGGUGCUAAAUGAACGAUUUUUACUAUGCACUGGAUUGUCAGUGAAUUGCAUAGAUUUGCCCUUCGUAUCCAAGCUGGUUAAAUAGUGGAGUUGGAGAAUAUUUCCAUGUGGGUUAUUUUGGAGUAAAAUCUGCAUUUCCCUUGCCUUUUCUCCCCAGUUCCUGGUUUUGCAAAGAAUUUGCUGUGUGCCGCGAGGAGAAUAUGUUUCAUGACAUCACAUUAGCUCUAGCUCUCUGCCGUUGCAGCUGUUGUAAUUCUGCUAAUCUGUGUAUACUUCUUUUCACAGUGAGGAAGUCUGUAUCUUGUCUGCUGCCGGCACAGCUGCUGUGCUGAACCCUCGAUACCUACAGGAUGCCGGCACCGAAUGCUGUAUGGAACAAAGGUUGUCUUGGGAGCCUGACUUCUUUUUAGGGUCAGACAAGGGAGAGGUUGAUAAUUUCCAUCAGAGCCAGGAUAGUUCUCCCCUAUUAGGGUAGGUUACACCAUAUAGACCAGUGUGAGGACAAGCACUUAACUCGCUCUCACUAACCCCAUCCAAGGUAACUAAUCCGUGUGCCACCAAGCCCUUCCUGACUCCAUGUAGGAAACGUUUAAAUGGGUAAAACCCACGGUUGUGACAGGUUUAACUCUCUCUAUAAUGGUUCUAUUCACGUAUCUUGAAAUAAAGUUAUGUGCUUGGUAAUCUCUUACAUUGUGUCCCAGAUAACACAGAAUUGAUUUUUAUAUUCUGCAUACGUCGCUCAUGGCCUAGUCUUGCACAGUAAUUGUUUCUGGGAAAUUUACUUCAAUUCAAAAUAAUUCUCAUGUUUUCCAUUUCUAGAGUAUCAGAACUAAUUUGGUUCCACGGUUAGACAUGGUUACUAUACACAAUGUGUGUGCUAGUAAUGCAGGAGACGUGCUGACCUUACAGCAAUGUUAAUUUGCACCUAUAUUGUCCAAUUCUUUUUAUCAAUUAAAGUCAGAAAGUCCUUAUUCAUGCUCCUUUUUUUUUUUUUUUUUUGCAAUUGAAAUCCCAAAUUUGGCUAUUUCUAGGCUUGCUAUGUAAACGAUUGACUGCAUCAUCUGCUAUGAUUAGCCCAAAUCCUUUGUAGCCAUUUGACAUGUUAUUGUCUUAAUAUUACACAUUUUGACAUGUCUACUGCUCUAAUUAGAUGACUUUUUUAUUUUUAUGUUUUUUACAUAUUCUAAGUCUCACACUCCAACCCAUAGGGAGAUUGCUGCAUUCCCUCUCACCAUUUUAGUUACUCCAAGCACAAUGGCCACUUCAGUGAUGUAAUCGUUUUGGCAUCACUAACCAGCCUGGAACAAUACGUCAGGGUAGCUAAUGUGAUUCUGUGCAUAUUGAACGUCUGAUGUGAGCACGCAUAGCUUGCUUAGGACAGGUGUCCAACAGUGUCAUUCUGUUUUUGUGCAGCUCCUAUCAAUUUAGGUACCAAUCCUAUUCCACCUGUGUGGUGAAUGGAACCUCUUCCAAGAUGUUAACGACUAAAGACCGGUUGGUUGAGCGUUACCUUCACUCCUGUGAACGCACUGGCUGCAAUGUGCAGAAAUCCAAAGCUCUAUACUGUUUUUUUUAUUUUUGUUUGAUUGUUUUACAGUUUUUGCUUCACCUCCAGUGAGGAGAGUCCCUUUAAUAGAGCCUCACAUAGCCUGCCAAUCUGGUAAAAUCUUGAUUUUUCACCAUGCAAUGAGCUUACCGGAUUGCUGUGCUUAGUAAAACAAAAUGAUCAGGAAUAGGAAUCAGCUGUACUGGAACAUGGACACCAUGAGUGAUGCAGAGUGAUGCGAUGGGAUUUUAUAGAUAUGUCACUCUAGAGCUAGAAAUUGUCAGUUCUCAUCAAAUCUCAUUAAGUAAUACGUGUUUGUUUUUCUUCUGGAAAGGCAGAGAGAGAGGUAAUCUGGAAAUGUAUAACAUGUCACAUUUGUGGGAGUGCCCUUUUAAAUUCCAGCCCGUGCAUCCAGUCUGUGGUCACCGUCUGAUCUGUAUUAUUAAAUGGAACUAAUCCAAUCAUAUAACCUGCCUUCUGCAGCAUGUGCUCACAUUGACUGGUGUAUGUAAUAACCUAGGUCUGUGAGCCUGCACUGGCAUUGCUUGAGUCUAACGGUUCACUAGUUUUAUUCUCACUGCCCUUCAGCCGGGCUAACACCAUGCUGUGUAUUUAUUUACAUUUCCUGAUUUGACAUUAUUUACCAGCUAAAACAUGCGGUCAAUUGGUGCCAGGUCUGUGAGCGUGACUGUCUGGCAUCCUUUGACAUUUGUUGCUCUUUGGCACUAUGACCCAAAAGGAGAACAAGCUAGAUAAAAAAACAAAAACAAAACUGUGUAUACCCAAAGGAACGGGUAAAAAGGCCCUUACUGCCAUUCACUGGUAACGAUGUAACUCCCGAUAAAUUCUAUUAAAGCGGUAUUCUAAGCACUGUUAACACGACAUUGUGCUGUAGUUGUUAUGGUGCCAGGAGUUCCAUGGGGUUGUCCCAUGGUAAACUGUCAGACUGUUUAUGAAUGGGGGGUGCCCACUGGGCUGCACUGAUAUGGUGAAGUGGAACCUCAUGUUUUUGCCUUGGCAUAGCAGCUUAAUGAAAUGAGAGCAGAGAACCUUAACCUAUUGGACUGGGCCAAUAUUACAUCUGUUUCUGUCUCUUACGCAGCCAUCGCUGUGCUAUGUUGUGUACUCACUAGAUAACGUUGUGAAAUCUCCAUAGAGAUUCCAUAUCACCACAUAUAUUUGCCAUUUAUGCACCUCAUGAGCUGGUAGGUUAGUUAUUGUAUCCACCCCACAUUCAGCAAGUGAUACUUACCUGAUACUCAUCUGUUUCUAACUUUGAGUCAUAUUAUGUUUUAAAAUACAUAUUUUAUAGAUGAAUUGUUUGAUUUCACGUUUAUUUUGUAAAAAAAGUCACUGAAUGCAUGGUUUGCAUGUGCCGGGGAGCAAAUGCAUCUAUUAAUGACUUUCAAUCGAAAGUCAGUGAAUCUGUAGUCUACAUAUGCUGAGGAGCGAUGUACUAGUAUGAAGGGGAAAUCCCCACUUCUCUAUAAAUUAAAACACUCCAUAAACCACAAAAUAGCACGAUUUAUUUAUUUAUUUAUUUAUUUUUGUAAUUUUCCAUGUGAUGUGAUAUUUUCUUUUAAAAGUACUUUUAAAAAAUUUUGCAAAUGACCCAACCCUUCAGUUUAGUCCUGGAAAAUGCUUUGGAAGAAAAGGAGAAAUAUUCAGGUUAUUGUGAGAAUUGCCAAACUCUAAACCGAAUUGACUUGGAGAAUUAAAUAAUAUGGCUAUUUUUGUCUAAAUUGGGAAAUUCACUUUGAAUUCCCGGCAAGUCUCUCUUGGUUAAUAACCCUGAUUGUUUAUUUAUAUCCUUAAUACUGACCGCCAGGGCGGAGCUUAUAACAAUGACUGACAGGGAGCGAAGAUGGAGGCACCCAGUUACAUGAUAGAGGUGUGGAUUUUCCAUUUUUCAAACUUUUAAGAUAUAUAUUUAUUAAAUAUAGGGAUAAAACAUAAUACAAUCAAGGGAAGUGACCGUUCUUCUGACAUGUUUUUGGUUUGUGUUAGUGAAUGCUUGUUUGUCGAUUCAGAGUCUGUGAAUGCAUGGCUUCCAAUACCUGGGAGAAAGAUGCUUUAAAUAUUAAUAGGAUUUAAUUGAUUGAGAGUGAGUGUCGCAUCUUGUAUUACAGGGACACCUCAGGAAGCAACGCGACUUAAGUGCAUUUUGCUACCUUGUCACAAAACCACUUACUUGUCAGACAUACGGAGUAUGGACUCGGCUCAGCCAGUGAGUGAGCAACGUCAACUGAUUUUCUGACAUGGCGCCGCCCCACAGCUAAUGAUUGUCCUCUUAUUACCUGCUCCCUUUCCACAUGGCACAGCAUUGAUGUAAUAUGCAUGUAUGAAGAGGACAGUGAUUGGCUGUGAGGGCAGAGUAACGUCAGCAGCUCAGCUCACACUGAUCUCUCAUUGGGUGAUGUACGCUGUAUUCGCUCCAGGAAAAUGUUUUGUAAAAAGAGAGGCGUGGCUUAGGGGGUGGAGUUAUAAGCCUGCAAUCAAUUUUCUUUUAAUGUAAAACUAAAGAGAUUUAUUUAAAUGUGAAAUGCACUUGACUUGGUGUAUUCAGAGUGUUCCUUUAAUGUCUUUUGAUCUGGUAUAUUAAAUGGAAACCGCGUCUGUUCCCUGUGCGUUGUGUGAGUGCAUAAUGUGUAACAUGUAAUGAGUAUGCUUUAUCUCCUGUGUAACAGGUCAGAAGACAUUUCCUCGGCUCCUUGCACAUUUUGUCAUAUCCCUUACGAUGAGCUAAACAUGCCCUUCCCAGCUCAUCUCACGUUCUGCUACAGCUGCCACAAAUACAAGGUUCCUGAUGUGCUCUUUACCACUAUAGACCUUCCAACCGACGCUCCUGUUAUAGGAAAAGGCUGUCUUAUACAAGCAAGGUAUUUUAUAGAAGUCAUUAAAGUUUGUUUAUUUUUAUUAAAGGAACACUCCAAGAACUAAAACUACUACACAUUCUUUCCUGGUGUCCUCUGAGUGUUGCUCACUACCUCCAUUACUGAUAAGGGGGAGAUGGAACCUAAGCAGGAAUUCUGUUAGCCGAGUGGCCAAUCAGCUAAUCCUUGCACUGCAUGAGAUCCAAUAGAAGUACCUGGUUAGGAAAACAAGCAUUUAAUUCACUGUCUGCAAAGCUAAACAACCAUCAUGUCAUUCUGGGGAUAAGGCAGACAUGUAACAUGUAAAGAGUAAUCUGGUUGUUAACCCUGAACAAACUUCGUCAGAACUUCAAUGGUGUUUGGUUCUCUUCUGGCCCUUUUUAUAAAUUCACAUAUUAAAGGGACACCAAAACAACUUGAUCAAUAAAACAGGGGAGCGCUUAGUAUAUAGUGCAAUGCAAGUUUGUGUAAUUCAGGGCUUCCCAAACUUUUACGGGCCGAGACCCACUUUUGAAAAUGAAGAUUUUUCGAGACCCACUCACUUUUAAUCCCUAUUUUAAAAAAGAAUAAACUUGGCACACCAUGGCAAUCUGGUUUAGAGGCAUAAAAUUGGAACACCAUGGCAAUCCGCUUUAGAGGCAUAUAUUUGGCACUUCAUGGCAAUCCGUUUUAGAUGGAUAAAAUUGUCACACCAUGGCAAUCCGUUAUAGAUGAAAAGUGUACAGAAGGAUCAGCGCUUAAAAAUUUAAAUGAAGGCAACACAUCUAAAGGAUAGGGCUCUCUCACAGGCCCUAUAGGUAUAAGGAAAAAGAGAAAGGUGGCACCACAGAGAUAAUAUAUAAAAAAAUACAUAUAAGCAAGUAGUAAUAUAGAAAUAAACAAUGACCUAUAAUACAGAGAGAGAGCACAAUAAAAAUAAUAUAUAUAAAAAUAAAGAUGUAUAAAUAUAAUCCGUCCAAAAAGAGUCCGGUAAAACCUUUUGGAUGAGAAAACAAUCAGUUCUUUCUGAGGUAGAGAGGUCUAUGGAGUAGUGGGAUCGAGGGGUUCGUGGCAUCUGUAUGAAAGAAAAAAGAAAAUCUAAUGGUGCAAUUAAUCACAAAAUAGGUAGCAGCCAAUAAAACAUGUCUAUAUUGUCCUAUUGUAAAAACUACCUCUAGUAUAACCUACCUACCUCUGGACUAUGUGAGUGUUCUAUUGGCACCUUAAAUAUCGCCUUGUUACAUUUUAUUGUAGUACCAAAACAACUUUAGCUUAAUGAAGCAGUGUUGGUGUAUAGAUCAUUCCCCUGCAGCCUGACUGCUCAAUUCUCUGCCAUUUAGGUAUUAAAGUACUUUGUUUCUGUUUAUGCAGCCCUAGCCACACCUUCCCUAGCUGUGACUGACAGUCUGCAUGAAAACAAUUGAACUCUAAUUAUAUACAGGAGGCUCCUGCAGGGUUUAGCAAGCUAUUAACAGAGCAGGAGAUUAGAAAUUCUAAAGUGUAAACAUUAGAUCUCUUUUUACAGGAAGUUUUUAAGAAGUUUGUGCAAGUCACAUGCAGGGAGGUGUGACUAGGACUGUAUAAACAAAGUGAUUUAACUCCUAAAUGGCAGAGAAUUGAGCAGUGAGACUGCAGAGGCAAUAUCUAUAUACCAAAACUGCUUCAUUAAGCUAAAGUUGUUUUGUGACUAUAGAGUUUAAUCCAGAUUCUUAGACAUGUUGAUGGAUUCUACUGAAUGAGCCCCAAAAUAUCCCAAUGUAACAGUAAUGCACAGUUGUUAUUGAUGAAUAAAAAAAUGUCUAUUUUUGGAGUCAAAGUAAGUAGUUCUGUAAAUUUCAGCAAGUUGCCAAUAAUAAAUCCCUGUUUAUCCUGUAACAAAGGUUGUGUCGUCUGAAAAAGAAGGCACAAGCCGAAGCCAACGCUACAGCAAUUAGCAACCUCCUCCCUUUUAUGGAGUACGAGCUGCACACCCAACUCAUGAACAAGGUGAAGCUAAAAAGCAUGAAUGCGCUGUUUGGCCUCCGCAUCCAGAUCACAGUCGGUGAAACCAUGCUGCUUGGAUUGGCAGUAAGUACUAAUCACACCGCGUGGACGGUAGCAAUCCGGUGGAAAUUGGACGGUAAAAAAAAAAAAUGCAUUAAUAGAAAAUACAGAAAAAUGCUAAUAUAAAAAUGAGUAAGACUGUCUGUGACACUCCUAAAUCUCUCCCUCUGUGUCCGCAGAAGGCUACUCUAAAAGUGUUCAUUCUACUAACUAGAGCAUAGCUUUAUUGAGCAUCUGAGGUUAUCCAGAGGAUUCUGGGAAACCUCAAACUGAAAGUGGGCGGCAGUUUAUCACUGAUCGCACUACUGGUAAUAGGCGCUUUGUAUAGUCUCUAGAAAUGAACUCCAAUGCUUACAUUAUAGUUUUAGCUGCAUAUUAAACUGAAAAGUAGAGAGAUAACGAGAGAGCAUGUCUGCGUUACAGUCCCAGUGCUUCUUCAAUGCAAGUAAAAUGUGUAAAACACAGCUCUCUUCUUUAUUCCUAUUUCAUUGUAUUUUCAGCAGGUUGGUAUCUAAAGUGAUAAUGCUAAUUAACCGUGUUGAUUUUAGUCUGCCACAGGUGUGUAUCUGGCUGCCUUACCUUCCUCUGGAGGGAUCCAGAUAGCUGGGAAAACGCCAAGUGACGGGUCCUAUGAUCAGCAUAUUUCUCAUGUGCAGAAAAAGAUUAACGAAACGAUUGCAAAAAAUAAGGAGUUUUAUGAAAUCAAUCCACCAGUAAGUUACACAUUUUCCAAGCUGGCAUGAGGUUUAUAUAUAGUAAGAUAAUUCUCCCACUGUCGCACCAGGCUUGUGGCGUGCAGCCCUAUUGUGAUUUAAUGUGUGUUCUGCUUAAUUUAUUACAGGAGUUAUUGGAGGAAACCAUAGGGUCCCCCAUCCCAGAAUCUCGUCUGCGUUCACGGUUAAUUAGAUCACAGUCUGAAAGCUCUGACGAGGUGACAGAAUUGGAUUUAUCUCAUGGUAAAAAGGAUGCCUUUGUCUUGGAGGUAAGAAAUAAUGGAUAUAGUCAUUUUCACACCUUCCAGUAGCAUUUUUAGAUGCAGAGAAUGGUUAAAGGUAAACUAUUUUAAUGAUCUGGCUUCAUUUCUGUUCUGUUUAACAGAUCGACGACACAGACGCUAUGGAAGAUGUGCAUUCGCUGCUAACAGAUGUUCCUCUUCCACCAGGUGUGGGGCCAGAAUAAUAUGUGGUUUGUGAAACUAUGCCACUCUAGCGAUUGGGCUCUAUGCUAACAAGCAUUGGAUGAUGUCAAGGGCAGGCAACGCAGACGUCACCUGAGCGAGAAUGACAGGGGUGGAUAAAAAGCUAGAUAUGAGUAACACAGAUGAUGAAUAUGAGACAGCAAUGCUGGAGACACUGUUGCAUUUGCCCUGGCAGUGAAAAGGUUAGGGUGAAAGUCUUUCAAAUUAAGCUGAAUUCUGGUCAGUAUAGGGAUUCGUUUUACGUGACUUUCACUAGGUAUACAUCUACAGAUGGCAAUACAUAACCAGGUUUAGAUAGGAAAACCCAUUCCUUUUCCCACAGUUAAAGCCUGGAAAUUGGUAAAUCUCACACUCUGGGUUUUAUCUGGCUUUACACCACCUUCUCACCCUGUUACUCUGAACGAUCCGCAUCCUCGUAAGACCUGGAGAUGCUGGCGGCUUGGGCUAUUGUUUACAUUAUGUUAACCCUGUAUUGUGCUUUUAACAUGGUGUCUCUGUAUUAGGGUUUUACAGCUGUAACACCGAAAUCAUGCCGGGAAUUAAUAACUGGACCUCGGAAUUACAGGUAAAAAUGGCUAUUCUGUCCCCUAAAGCAACUUUGAAAUGUAAUGGAAUUUCUGAAAUGGAGCAUUUUACUAGAGUCCUGUGAGUCUAAACUUUACAAUCUCAUUUGGAAUCAGAAAGAAGAUUGGCAAAUUUUCCAGUUUUAACUAACUAUUUUUUAAAAACCUAUUCCCGCUGUACCACUAGUUCUCCCCACUCUCCGGUGUAGUCUUGUACCAUGAUGCUCUCUCUGCUGUGUCAGUCCCUCUACCUUCCUCUCUGGUGAUAGUCCCAUGCAGUAGUGUUAUCUGCUGUGCCAGUCCUUCUCCCCUCUCCGGUGUAGUCCCAUACCAUGCUGCUCUCUGCUGUGCCAAUCCCUCUACCCUCCUCUCUGGUGAUAGUCCCAUGCAGUAGUGUUAUCUGCUGUGCCAGUCCUUCUCCCCUCUCCGGUGUAGUCCCAUACCAUGCUGCUCUCUGCUGUGCCAAUCCCUCUACCCUCCUCUCUGGUGAUAGUCCCAUGCAGUAGUGUUAUCUGCUGUGCCAGUCCUUCUCCCCUCUCCGGUGUAGUCCCAUACCAUGCUGCUCUCUGCUGUGCCAAUCCCUCUACCCUCCUCUCUGGUAUAGUUCCAUGCUGUACCAGUUUAACCCCUCCCACCCCCCCAAUGGUGCAGUUUCAUGCUUUUCUGUUACCUGCUAUACUAGUCAUUUCCCCUAUAAAGUGUAGUCCAAUGCUGUACUGUUUGCUGUCAACUGGAGUUCAUGACUUCGCCUUAAAUGUCUUUUUUCUGAUGAUACUAAGAUAUGUAACAGGGUUGAUGUUACAGGAGGGAUAAGGCAAAUGAUUUAGGUAAACAAGAAAAAUGGUCAGAGUUGUGGCAACUGACAUUUAAUUUGGAUAAGUGAAAGAUAAUGCAUCUUGGACGUAAAAACCCAAGGGCAGAGUAUAGGAUAUUUGAUACCCUACUUACCCCAACAUCUGAGGAUAUUGAUACUUUCGAGAGGGUUCAGAGAAGGGCUACUAAACUGGUUCAUGGAUUGCAGGAUAAAACUUACCAGGAAAGGUUAAAGGAUCUUAACAUGUUUAGCUUGGAGGAAAGAAGAGAUAGGGGGGAUAUGAUAGAAACAUUUAAAUAUAUAAAGGGAAUCAACACAGUAAAGGAGGAGACUAUAUUUAAAAUAAGAAAAACUACCACAAUAAAAGGACAUAGUCUUAAAUUAGAGGGACAAAGGUUUAAAAAUAUCAGGAAGUAUUACUUUACUGAGAGGGUAGUGGAUGCAUGGAAUAGCCUUCCAGCUGAAGUGGUAGAGGUUAACACAGUAAUGGAGUUUAAGCAUGCGUGGGAUAUGCAUAAGGCUACCCUAACUAUAAGAUAAGGCUAGGGACUAAUGAAAGUAUUUAGAAAAUUGGGCAGACUAGAUGGGCCGAAUGGUUCUUAUCUGCCGUCACAUUCUAUGUUUCUAUGUUAAACUUAAUGGCAAAUUCCUGUUGCUUUAGGACAGCGUACUAAAUUCUUGCUCUCAAUGUCUGUCUGUCCUGAUUGGUUAAGUCAGGCACUGGGUGCUAGAAUCUAUACAAUGCUGCAAGGAAUCAUGGGACAUGUACGUUAAUUUACAGGAAAUAUUGUAUGUGUGUGUGUGUAUAUAACUACUAACUUCUUAUAAAGAAGAAAAACCUUAAUUUGCUACGUUGGCUAACCUUCUUCUCUGAAAUGUGAAGGAGCCACUGAAAUCCCUUUGUUUUGACACUGCCUGUUCAAUUUGUUUUAAAGGAUACGCGCUGGAAGUGAUGCUCAUUUUCCCCUAACCAGAUCUCGCUUUGUGUUUCUGUCUAGAUGUUCACCUCAGUUCGAGUUAUCCGACUUUCUAACAUGAAUCUGACAAACCAGACUCUAAAUAAAAGCUUUAAUGAUCUCUGUGAGAAUCUGCUAAAGGUAUACAGUAUUCACCAGUUUUUCACCUACCAAAUGGUCACCAAGUCAUUAAUGGGCCACUCCAGGCUCCCACACACGUUAGAUGCACUGUGUAGGUUAGGUUACAGUUAGUUAUACUGGGUGGGUUUAUAUUAUUAAAGGGACACUCCAGGCUCCCACACACAGGUGCACUGUGUAGGUUAGGUUAAAGUUAUUAUACUGGGUGGAUUUAUAUUAUUAAAGGGACACUCCAGGCUCCCACACACGUUAAAUGCACUGUGUAGGUUAGGUUACAGUUAGUUAUACUGGGUGGGUUUAUAUUAUUAAAGGGACACUCCAGGCUCCCACACACGUUAGAUGUACUGUGUAGGUUAGGUUACAGUUAUACUGGGUGGGUUUAUAUUAUUAAAGGGACACUCCAAGCUCCCACACACGUUAGGUUACAGUUAGUUAUACUGGGUGGGUUUAUAUUAUUAAAGGGACACUCCAGGCUCACACAUGUUAGGUGCAUGGUGUAGGUUAGGUUACAGUUAUACUGGGUGGGUUUAUAUUAUUUAACAGACACUCCAAGCUCCCACGCACAUUAGAUGCACUGUGUAGGUUAGGUUACAGUUAGUUAUACUGGGUGGGUUUAUAUUAAUAAAGGGACACUCCAGGCUCCCACACACAUUAGGUGCACUGUGUAGGUUAGAUUACAGUUAUACUGGGUGGAUUUAUAUUAUUAAAGAGACACUCCAGGCUCUAACACACGUUAGGUUACAGUUAGUUACACUGGGUGGGUUUAUAUUAUAAAGGGACACUCCAAGCUCCCACACACGUUAGGUGCGCUGUGUAGGUUAGGUUACAGUUAGUUAUACUAGGUGGGUUUAUAUUAUUAAAGGGACACUCUAGGCUCCCACACAUGUCAGGUGCACUGUGUAGGUUAGGUUAGAGUUAUUAUACUGGGUGGGUUUAUAUUAUUAAAGGGACACUCCAGGCUCUAACACACGUUAGAUGUACUGUGUAGGUUAGGUUACAGUUAUACUGGGUGGGUUUAUAUUAUUAAAGGGACACUCCAAGCUCCCACACACGUUAGGUUACAGUUAGUUAUACUGGGUGGGUUUAUAUUAUUAAAGGGACACUCCAGGCUCACACAUGUUAGGUGCAUGGUGUAGGUUAGGUUACAGUUAUACUGGGUGGGUUUAUAUUAUUUAACAGACACUCCAGGCUCCCACACACGUUAGAUGCACUGUGUAGGUUAGGUUACAGUUAGUUAUACUGGGUGGGUUUAUAUUAUUAAAGGGACACUCCAGGCUCCCACACACGUUAGGUGCACUGUGUAGGUUAGGUUACAGUUAGUUAUACUGGGUGGGUUUAUAUUAUUAAAGGGACACUCCAGGCUCCCACACAUGUUAGAUGCACUGUGUAGGUUAGGUUACAGUUAGUUAUAUUGGGUGGGUUUAUAUUAUUAAAGGGACACUCCAGGCUCCCACACACGUUAGAUGCACUGUAAAGGUUAGGUUACAGUUAGUUAUACUGGGUGGGUUUAUAUUAUUAAAGAGACACUCCAGGCUCCCACAAACGUUAGAUGCACUGUGAAGGUUAGGUUACAGUUAGUUAUACUGGGUGGGUUUAUAUUAUUAAAGGGACACUCCAGGCUCCCACACACGCUAUAUGCACUGUGUAGGUUAGGUUACAGUUAGUUAUACUGGGUGGGUUUAUAUUAUUAAAGGGACACUCCAGGCUCCCACACACGUUACAUGCACUGUGUAGGUUAGGCUACAGUUAGUUAUACUGGGUGGGUUUAUAUUAUUAAAGGGACACUCCAGGCUUCCACACACGUUAGGUGCACUGUGUAGGUUAGGUUACAGUUAGUUAUACUGGUAACCUCUUUUCUGUUCUGUCUCUUGUAUUGCAGUGUUCAUUCUUAAAUAAUAAAGCUGUACUGGGUGUCAUCGUGCUGCACAGCGAAUGUUUCUAGGAGGUGUAGUUAAUCUGUUGUCUAAUCAGAAAGCUUGACACUUGUUCUACAACUCCCAGAAACCUUGUUGCACGCAAAGUACUGCUAUGCACAGUGCCAUGUGACAUUUCUGGAAAGUAAUGAUUGGGAAAGUCACUUCUGGUCUGUGCAAAAUAAAUUGCAAUUUAUUGUAGAACAUUUGUAGGUAUUACUCUUUAUCUGUAUAAUACACUGGUAUUCCAUCCUGGAAUGUCUCUUUAAAGCCAUUAUACAGGCAAAUGGAUGGGGAACUUACCUAGCUGUUCAUUGCCACUGACUGUAGAAUUAAUUAAGUUGUGUAAUUACAGUCACGAUUAUGAAAUAAAAUGUAGCAAAUCUCUGUAAUCUACAGAGUCUUUACUUCAAGCUGCGAUUCAUGGUCCCCUGCUGUCUGUGCCACGUCAAUUUCACGGUCGCCGUCCCAGAGGAUGAAUCCAUACAGGUCAGUGUGCUGGAAGAAAUGGCAUAUGUUUGGGGUUUUUAUGGAGUAUGUUUUACAUUGAAAGAUAAUCAAUGUAAGGUAGCCCGUAGCUUAUAGACUGAUUUGUUAUAUUUGAGCAAAUUCUUUCAUUCCAGGUUGCGGUUACCGCUGUAGCAAUCACAUUUGACAAACAAAAUACAUUGGAGACCAGUAAAAACAGAGCUGAAAAGGCACAGACAAGAGGUAACCUGCAUCACGCAUAUAAACUGUAAACUAAACUAUAUUUAAAAAAAAAAAAUGCAAAAUGCUAAAAGCUGAAUGUCCUUUAAAAGACCACAUUUUAUUUGAACAUUAUUGAACUAUUAUUAUUGUCAUAAAACACCCCUUUUAACUGGUUUAAAAAAGUCCUCACACUGCUGGCUCCCUCUGCAUCAUGCUGCUUCAUUUUUGCUACAAUACUCAUAGCUUGAGGACCUUCCAAUCAUAAUUUUCAAGGUUCUACCGCAUGCUUUCAGGGUCCUACAUUGUCAGCUACUUUCAGAACCCAACCUUAAUGAACGUCUUCAGAACACCACUACUGUCCACCGUCAUUGUCUGCUACUUUCAGAACCCAACCUUAAUGAACGUCUUCAGACCCACCACUACUGUCCACCGUCAUUGUUAGCUACUUUCAGAACUCAUCCUUAAUGAACAUCUUUAGAUCCACCACUACUGUUCACCGUCAUUGUCUGCUACUUUUAGAACCAAACCUUAAUGAACAUCUUCAGACCCACCACUACUGCCCACAGUUACUUUCAGAACCAAACCUUAAUGAAGAUCUUCAGACCCACCACUGUUGUCAACCCUCAUUGUUAGCUACUUUCAGAACCCAACCUUAAUGAACUUCUUCAGACCCAUCUUUAAUGUCCACCUUCAUUGUACGCUGCUUUCAGCAACUGCGAGUACCCGGCCACGCAGUACCUUCAACUUUUAGUUCCUGGCAGUACCCUCUACCAUUCGUGCACUGUUCCCGUUUUACAAGUAGGAGUUUUGUUCGUACAAUAAUAUUCUGUUGUGAUGAGAAAUUCGUAAGAUCACCUGUUGUCAUGAACUUUGUUGUUUACAUGUUUCUGUGGUUUGGUUCUAAUUUUGUCAAAGGCUGCAUUUAGGUUUGGUGUCAGAUGAAGCUUCAAGCUCUGCAUUUGUUUUCAUACUGUAGAAUUGCACUAUUACAAAUUACUUUAAAUGCUGACUUCUGUUGUAUUUUAUUUUUAAGCCUCUACAGACAAUGAAGAUCAGCUUCAAUUCUCCAUGGAAUUAAACUCUGAUUCCCCAAUUUCCUAUCCAUUCUCACCAGUUAAAGGUAGGUGCUGUUUCCGGGAUACACUGUGCAUGCUGCACCCGAUCCUUGCAACCCUAAGAAAGUUAUUAAUGUUUUAGGAUUUACAAAUACGUGUUUCUUGUUCAUUAAUUUUCCUGUGUAUAAAUAAAUGGUACUUCUCUAUGCAUUCAACUGCAGAAUGAAUGCAAAAUACAUACUUGGCCUAAUCUCGGUAGAGAUAUAAUGUUUGGCACUUUACUGGCUUUUUAAAUUACACCCUUGGCAUUUUUUCAGUGAUGGUGGAUGUUAAAUUGCCCCUUCUGUAACUUGUGUGCGAAACUAGUUUCUGACAUUACCUCAACAUUGCAAGGUGUGGUAUAGGCUGUCUAAUAUAGGCCGUAAUUUAUUGUAUUUGGGUAAACUUUUAAUAUCUUUAAUGUUCAAUGUAUAUAUUAUAUCAAAAUAAACCCUAAACCCUUUUUUUAUAUUUUGAAAUUAAUUAUUUUUUAAGUUUGUCCAAAAAUAUUUAAUAGUUAAAAAAGCUUAUCCGCAAAUAUUAAGUUGAUGCCAUCAUUGCUAAGAUUAUGGCCCAUUUCUGCUCUAACUAACAUCUCAAAUCCCACGGCCGUUUAUGAAAGCUUUGAAAUAAGACAAAUAUACAGAUCAGGAACACAGUGUAAAGAAUGCUUGGAAUUUCUCAGACUGAGAGAGACUGAUGCAGAAAUUACAUUGUACAGCGCUAUGGAAUCUGAUGGCGCUAUAUACGGUAAAUAAUAAUGUGUUUAUUCUUAUUGCAAUAAAUACCAUCUGUAACAUUUCACUUUAGAUGUCCAGGAGCGAACAGGCUCCCUGGCUGGAACUACUGCCACUCAGCGAGGUAAGUCUGGAAACUCCAACACUCUUGCAAAAUAUACAUGAUUUUUAUUUUUUGUUUGUAUGGUUUUUUUGGGAUUUUUUUUUUUCUUCUCAAGUGCAGAUCGUUUGCAUCAUCCGAAGACAUUGCGAUGAGCUAAAGACGUCAUCCAUGUUUUUUGUUUUUUUUCUUUGUUUUGUUUUUGUUUUUCUGUCUGUGUGUUUCCAGCUACUCCCGCUGAUUACAGUUCCUUUGCAGACAGAUGCAACAGCUGGAUAGAGCAGAUUAAAAUGCGAGCGCACACCAUAAGACGCGGAUCAGUUAAGACAAGUAGGCCGCUGUUGUUUCUCCUCUCUGAUGAUUAUCCGAGAUCCACGGUGAUGGCGGUGGACCUCGCUAUUCAUUAAUGGCUACAAAGAUCAAAGCACAGCCUUAGCAGAGUGUGAAAGCUGCUGACCCCCCAUUCUCCCCACCCUUCAUUGAAUGUACACAAUAUUCCCUACGCAAUGUCUGGCUCCCAGACAUCUAGAACCCUGCGUGAUCCCUAAUGUACAGCUCCGCACUUUAUCUUCUAGGAAGGAAUAAUCCGUUCUUAUUAAUAGCAGAUUGUUAAAGUAUGUCUCAUCCAACAACUCCUGCUUUUAUUUUAAAUGGGUCCAAUCAUGACUUUUUUUUAUUAUUUUGUUUCCAUUUUUCUUAAUUACCUUCUAUAGUUUAACGUUAUCUUUGCAGCACAUUCUGAGUGUUACCCUCAACUCCUAGCUUCCUGAUAUUUCCAGCUGCCAUGAUAGAAGUCUGUCUCACUCUUCCGGUAAAUAUGGAUAGCAGUUAUAUCCCAUAGUAUCUGCACAUCCAUGUACCUUGGCCUGCACUCUGCACCAGUUAAAUCAUUCUCUGAUUUAAACUUUGUGUGUCAGAACAUCCCUAUAACAUGGGAUUAAUAACAGAAAAACACAUAUGUAACUGAUUAUAUCGUGGUUUGUGGGGACUUGACCAUAGAAGUGUGGAUUUCUGGCCUAAACUGUCAAAUUGGGGUGGUGGGUGUCUUGGAAGGAAGGACUACACGGCGUGGCUUGCUCUCUUACUGUCUUACUGGCUUCUAUAAAAUAUUAUUUUCCCCGCAGUCUCUUUCUGGAUAUUAACGGGCUGGGGAUCUUCCAGCAAUCUCUGUUCCCCAUUUGUGAAGUUUAAACAUUGUGCAGCACAUAGUUCGCAUGUUUGAUCAGAAUUUCUGUGUGCAGUACAUGACUCCCCAGCUACUAUUACUACAAAUCAAAACCCGUCUGUGAGAGUAUACUUGACUACCCUGUCAAUCAGAACCCAGCUGUGGGAGUAUACAUGAUUUUUCUACCAAUCCGAAUCCGGCUGUAGGAGUGAAUUUGGCUCCUCUGCUAAUCAGAAUGCAAUAUUGGGCUUAACAUAGAUCCCAUGGCUGCCAGAAUCCAUCUGUGGGACUGUACAGUGCUUGAGUACCAAACAGAGCACAGGAGAGGUUUGUAUGUGGCUCCCCUGCUAGUCAGAAUAUAGCUGUGGGGAUGUACAUGGCUAGUUUGCCAUCAGAAUACGACUGCACAAUUUAGGUGGCUGUUUGCUGGUGACUUUGGUAAUUGGACAGUGAAGCUCUGUGAGGGAACGUGGAUGCAGUGAUUUGAAAUAUUAGCAGUGCUGCUUGGGUGGGAAAUAUUUUAAAAAUCCUUCUAUUCAUACUAGAAUUACCAUUUUGUAUAUUUCUUACACUUGCGUGAUACAGGUUAUUGAGUGUUGCCUUAACGAUGCCAGACAAUUCCUAAAAUAACCUUAUGUGAGUCCCGAUUGUAUCCUUAAAAUGGUAGAUUUUAGUAUUUUUGAAAGAUUAUUUUCCUGGCCUAUCGGAUGCCUGGGAGUUUGUGUGCAAAUAUUAAUUCCAACUUUCACACUCUACCAAAAAAAACAAUCUAUUUGUCCAGCUCAUGUGGUUUUGUUUAUUUUUGUAAAUUCUUUGAUAUUCUUUUUCAGUUCUUCCUUUUAAUUAUUUUUAUACAUUUGUUUCUGGUCAUACGUGAUUCUUUUUGCAGGAAUGCCACUUCUUCUCCAAGGUUUCUGCAUGCAUACCCUCGCAUGAUCUCAGUCACUGGCUCUUUAAUGACCGUCCUCUGCUUGAGCUUCAUCACUGCCGUAUCUGAAUGUCUCGUCCCGGGGUUAAUCCAGGGCUAUCGCUGUAUCUCUGUGCAUGAACAUGCCUCUCUCCUUUCUAACUUGUGUCUUGGUCCUUUUCUAUUCUAGCUACUUCUCUUGAAAAGGCAAGUCCAGUGGCUGAAGGACACCUGAGAAUUCGAUCCAUCACAUCCUCCACCAGUCCCGUAGUCACGGUGGUGAAAAUGACACCUCUUUCUUUCAUUCCUGGGGCCAAAAUAACCAAAUUCCUUGGCAUUAUCAACAUGUUUUUUAUAAGAGAAACAACAUCUCUGCGUGAGGUGAGCUGGUGGUCAGAAAAGCACAUUUACAUUCAUACACUAAAGCAAACCAGUAUUUAAAGGAACAUUCUCAUUAAUAUAACUAUAGAUAUCUCUCUCCCUUAUGUGUAUGUAAUUUUGUUUAGAUGGGUUUCCUUAAUCUGUUUAUUAUACUGGCCUCCUCUAGCUGCUCUGAUCACUUGGACUGUAAUGCCCACUGUGUACCCAGCCUUUCCCAUUCAGUACUAAUUGGUUGUGCAUUGUGCUUCCUCCAGGAAGGUGGAGUCAGUGGUUUCUUGCACGCAUUCAUCUGUGAAGUGUUUGCCAUGGUCCGUGCCCACGUGGCAGCUCUUGGGGGCAACGCUGUGGUCUCGUACAUAAUGAAGCAAUGUGUAUUCAUGGAGAACACCAACAAAAACCAGGUGAUGUUUUACUUUUUCCCAAGCAAACGUGUUCUCAGGGGCAGUUGGUGGGUAGAGAUGGAGAAUUGGCUUUAACAUACCGGACUGCUCUCAGGUAACCAUUUUAUGACACAUGUAUUGCGUAGAGAUAAAUAGUGAAACACAUUGCAGAGGAUUAUAGAGUGCUGACAGAUUUUGACUUGUACAUUGAAUAUCUCGCUGUCCUUUGUAGGCGCAGUGCCUGAUUAACGUCAGCGGAGACGCAGUGAUCUUUAUUCGUGAAUCUGAACUGGAAACCGUCUCAGUCCCUUCAGGGACGUCGACCACUGCUUUGGAAGGUUUAGGGGAUGGUGCAACCUAAAUCCACGAACAAAGUACAGCCUUCGGAAGAGACAGAUUGUAGAAAAUGGACAUUUCAAUGCUAUUUAUUGAAUAAUGAACACAGCAAUAUCCUGUUUUGUAAUCACAGCAUUUUUAAACAGGACUUUAUACACCGUAAACUGUCAUAAAACCACACCUGUUUUCAGGCAGCAGACACGAUACCAUCACAUUUAUCUGCAUGGAGUUUCAUGCUCAGUCACCAUGUUGAGUGAUAGUAAUGUGCAUCUCUCAUGUAAUAUUUAUUAUUGAGGUUUAAGCAAGGCCAGAGUGUAUUUUAUGUAAAAUAUCCCUCUAAGAGACGCUGGGUAAGAGAAUGAGAGGGGCAGAAUGUCAACGUUUUUCAAUCUAUACGCCUGGUACUAAUGGACCAUUGACUAUAUAAAUACUAGUCCAAUGGCAGAGGGUACAAUAGUAAGGAGAAGGAGGGUAACGCUCUGUCUUUAUAAAGAACUGCUAAAUUACCGUAAGAAUGUGCAUAAGUUGGUGUCAUCUUCACGUAGAGUAACUGUAAAACAUUCUGCUAGCACUUUCAGCAGUAAUGAGUGGAAACUGCAGAGAAACUAACAAGAACCCGUGGAACAUGUUCAUUGAAAUGCCUCAUUAUAACGCUAAUGGGAUGCAGUGGUUACAGCUGCAGGUUAAAUCAUCUUCUAAUUUUAUUUCUAUUUAGGGCUAUCUCGGAGAGUGUCCCACUUGUUCUACUGAACCCAAGCAUUAACGUAUUUUGAGUUUUAUGGGAUUCUGUCCCUCCUGGGGUGGUUUGACAGAUUUCACGUAAUCCCAUGGUUGCACACCCAACCCUCAUUCAGUACAAUCUAAUCUGAUCAAUGAAAAAUGGACCUAUAUACAGGAUGCUUGAAAUGUCUAGGCCCUGUACAAUAGCCAGAAUCUGACAAUGUCUGCAAGGUAAAGAAUCCCCAUAAUCAUCACUAAGAUACAAGCUGAGCCCUGCACAAAUUAAUAAACGGGUUACCAAAAAAUUCCCUUAAACUCAUCCACACACAGAUUACCAAAUCCGUUGCCAUGCUCUUCUUGGCAAAACCAGGCAAUCAUUACCAAAACCUUUGUUUAAUGGGGAGAUAUUGAAAAUUCCUGCAGAUUGGACAUAACAUCAAAAUGUUUAUCAUAAGGUCAGCGCUUUUGUGUUUGUACUGCUGUUGUAGGAAAGCAAGUGAUGAGAGUUGCAGUCCGUCUGUAUGCUGUGGAAGUUUAAAAUCGGUUCCAGACGUUAUGCUACAGGCACUUUGUAAAGAGCUUUAAAUGUUAUAUUUUUGAUACGUCUCUGCAACACGGGUCAUUAAGCACGUUUGAUGAAAAAGAAAUGGCAAAACAUUUUAUGGAAAGUCUCCAAUAAAGUUCUAAAACAAUCCAUGCGUAACUGCAUGUGCUCUGCAGAAAUGCUGUAAAUCUGAAUCGUGCGAAUGUUGGGCAUGCUACAGAUUGCUAGCAAUAAAUAAAUAAUUUUAAAUGGCCUUGGCUGAGGAA